AUGGCCGCUGCCGGAAGUUCAUCUGCGUCUACCGGAUGUCGUUUUUCAUCGGCUGGACAUCGGCUGUCAUUGAGAACCAUAGAGCUACAUGUAUGUGUAGAGUGUCCCACUAAUUCUGGCCAAUACUAAAUACAGUAGUCCUUUGCUAAAAAAGUAGUGUCGUGUGGAAAUGAUUUGGAAUGUGCAGCUCCGAAUUUGUUUUUAAUAUAACCGCCAGUUUUGGGAUACAGACUAUUUAAAUUUCGCACAAAUUUUAAAUGAAUUAAAACGGGCCAAUAGGCAACAGGUUCCCCUUCUCACCUAUGGAAAAUGCUAGUCUUUCCUCACACUCCACCACCUUUAAAGGUAAAGGGACCCCUGACCAUUAGGCCCAGUCGUGACUGACUCUGGGUUGCAGCGCUCAUCUCGCUUUAUUGGCCGAGGGAGCCGGCGUACAGCUUCCGGGUCAUGUGGCCAGCAUGACUAAGCCACUUCUGGUGAACCAGAGCAGUGCACACGAAAACGCCAUUUACCUUCCCUCCGGAGCGGUACCUAUUUAUCUACUUGCACUUUGACGUGCUUUCGAACUGCUAGGUUGGCAGGAGCAGGGACCGAGCAACGGGAGCUCACCCCGUCACGGGGAUUCGAACCGCUGACCUUCUGAUCGACAAGUCCUAGGCUCUGUGGUUUAACCCACAGCGCCACCCGCAUCCACCACCUUUAGUUCACAGAAAUUCAGCUGGUGAAGCCCAAAAUGCAGGGGCUGUAAUGGGAAAUAAAUCUUUGCUCACUGAAUUUCUGGCUGUCAAAGCUACUACAUGAACAUUUGCCAGAAAAAAAAGGUGGCAACUCUUUGCCUCCAUUGGUAAUUUGGAAGAAAGUUGCUUUCUUCAUUUUCCUGUCAAUGUACUAUAAAUUACUAAUAAUGUAUGUUCUGAUCAUCCCAUCUCCAAAAGGACAUUGUAGACCUGAAAAGGGCACCCAAAAUGAUCAGGGCACUUUGCUUUUGAGGAAAGCCUAAACACAUUGAGGCUUUUAGUUUAAGAAAAAAAGAUGACUAAAAGUAAGGAAUAUUUAAAAAAAACACUUACUAAGUGGUGCAUAGUGUAGAGGAUGUAGCUAGAAAGAAGCUUUUCUCCUGCUGCUGUAAUGUUAGAACUUGGGAUCAUCCAAUGAAUGAAACUGGUUGGCCUUGCAGUAGAUUCAGGAGAGGGAAGAAUGGACAGUGUCAAGAUGUAUCCCAAAAAUGCUACUUUUAGAACAUAAGCUGUAAAAUGAACACCAGGGUUUCCUGUGGCAAUGGUGGUAAAUAGCAGGGGCGCUUGUUAAUUAUGCUCUGAAAGAUUAGAAUAGAUCAGUAUUAAAAAUAUGAGAGAAUAUUCCCUAUUGAAUAUGUGCAACCUUUAUGCUCUGAGAUAGUACUACAUUGACUACCAGCUGUAUCUGGUUGACCACUUUGGGAUAAAAGAUGGAGUAGAUGUAAAUGGACCUUGGGUUUGAUUCACCAGAUCCCUUCUUACAGAGUGUGCUUCAUUAGUAACAGAGUUACAUCUACCCUUCAGAUAUUUUUCAGAGCAGCUUGCACAACCUUCAGAUUAAUGAAAUAAUUUGUGGUGGUCUUUAGAACAACCCUGGUCAUAGCCUGCUUCUGUAGUCCAAUGUCAAUUUAUAUUGGCUUCUGCACUUCAGUAAAAUGUACAGGUAUUCCAUAAAAUAAACCCUAUUUAUUUUUGGGAUUUAAUAUCUGCAGGACUUGUAACCCUGACUCAGAUUUGUUUGCCAUGGCAGAUUUGUAUGUUUCAUUUUGAAUUAAUUGUUUUCUGUUGUAGAAUCAGUGGCGUUGCCUUAAGACAGGCAUCCCCUCCAGCUGUUUUGGGACUACAAUUCCCAUCAUCUCUGACCACUGGUCCUGUUAGCUAGGGAUGAUAGGAGUUGUAGUACCAAAACAGCUGGAGGGCCGAGUUUGUGGAUGCCUGCCUUAAGAGCAAUCCUAUAGCAAUAUCCACUGGGAUGAGGAGGGUUAUGAUCCAGGGGAUCUCUGGCUGAGCUGGGAGGUUCCCGGCACAACUGUGCUACACCAGCAUAGCUCACCAUCCUUGGCUCAGCUGGAGAUACCUGACUCAGCCAAAGUCUGGCAUAUCUUAAACUGGCAUAAGCCCUGAAAAAGGGGUGUUGGGUGGCGGAACCAGAGUGGUGACAUAGGCUGGGUCCUAAACAUGUUGGCGUGGCAACCCAGCAUAAGUUAAGCCAGCAAAAAAGGGUGGUGUGACCCAAACACUCUUUUUAAGCCUCAUUUUCCCUGUCAGGCUUGUGCCAGCUCAGCCAGGAAUAGCCCUGCUCCUGAAUGGAUCUGCUGUACUUUGCACCAGCUUAAUUUACACCAGUUUGUUUUAUGCCAGCUUCUUGUAAAAGGGCUGGUCCCUUAUAUUGAGUAAGGCCAUUGGUCCAUCUAGUUCACCAUUGUCUACACUGGCUGGCAGUGGCUCUCCAGGGUUUCAAACAGGGUAGAUACCUAGCCUUACCUAAAGAAGUUGGAGAUUGGAGCUGGGACUUUCUUCCUGCAAAGAGAAUGCCGUAGCACUGAGCCAUGGCCCUUCCCCGUGCUCAUCAGUAAAGAGGGUGAGCAGGUGUAAAGAAACACAAAGGUUCAUUGUCCUUUGGCUAGCUGUGUGGCAUACAUACUGACAGGCGCAGGUUUAUCAAGCUAGGCUUAUAAAAUCUGUACCAGCUGAAAUUUCUUCAUCUAUGCUGCUCUUAAAAGUGGCACUGUCCUCCUUUCCAUUUUAAAUAAACCAGAGAUAGGUUUGCCUCCUUUCACUGAGCUGAUGAUCCAGGAGGAUCAGCUGCUAUUUCUUCAAUGAGAACUAAUGACUAGGCGAUGUUUCCUUAAUUAGCAAUCUACCUGCAGUGUGGGAUCUAAGAAGAGUGUUCUCUUGGUGCUGGGACGUGGGCCAAAAAAAUAAGCAGUUUGACUUUGGGCAGAUGGAGAAACCAGGAGCUUUAUGAGUUCUAGCAAACACCUGGGGUGUGUGCCAUAGCCUUGGAGUGUCUGCGUGUGUUUGCACUGCAACUAUUCCUCUUUGAAAAUCUGCUGCAAGAUGAGCAGUUGUUCUGCCUGCUGUUGGGGGUGGGGGUCUGCUUAUAGAUUUGUAAAUAAGCAGAGUCUCCAGAGCUCCCUCCCUUUUGUAUCGCAAGGAAACAGACUCCGUAAAGAGGCAAACCUCCCAUCCUUUCUAUCAGGGGAGUGAGCCGAGAUGCUUUCAUUUUUGUGGUAAUAUCUAGGUUUACUGGGGUCUCUCUGUGUGUGAAAGGGCUUGGUAGAUUGUGGGUGGGGUGUUGUUUUUGCUGCUUUGCAGGUGGAGGGGCUUUGGCUUGUUGUUGCUUGGAGGACCGACGGAGCUGGAGCCACCGUGCGUCAGGCCAGUCCCCUUGCUGGCUGCCUUGGCAGCUUGCCCUGGCUGUCUGUGUCAAUAGCGCAGCCGGUGACUCAGGAGGUUGCAAAGCUCCGUGACGGGAACAGGGAUGAACUGAUCCCUGCAGCCAAGGCAGAGGAGGUGUGUGUGUGGGGGGGGGAAUAGUGUAGUUCAGAGAGGCACGAUAGGAGGAAUUGUCUCCUGCAGCCAGGGACCCAUUGUCUACUAAGGUUGCAGUCCUAAACAAAUAAAUGAGAAAGUCCCAUUGAACACAAUAGGAAUACUUUGUGAGAAAAUGCACAUGUACUUGUACUGUUAAAAUGGGGGAAAUGAUGUGACACAGCUGCAUGGCGGCUUAUGUCUGGCCCUAGCUUUUGUUAGUGUGUGUUGGUGUUGGUGAGAAUUAUUAUUAUUAUUCAUUUCAUUUCGAUACCGCUUUAUAUUUUUCAGAAAACAAUCUCAAAGCAGUUUAGAACACAUGGAAACAUCAAAUAAAACAACCCAGAAUAAAAAAAAAAACUGUAGAAAGUCAAACUAUACAUUCAAAGCAACACAAUUAACAGGGAACUAAAAUAUUAUCUUAAAGAUUUCAGAAUAAAACAUCGCAGACGAGGUCAACUACAGAAUGCACAACAUUUAUCGCAGUUAACAACGACAAUUAUAUCAAACUUGUCGAAAGAAAAGAUUGCUAAAGGAAGUCAAAUAUAAAGUGCACAUUUAAAACAGCAUAAUUAACAAGGGAAUAAAAUACAUCUUAAGCAUAGGAACCUGUCAGCUGCUGUUGCUGCCAAUCUUGCCAAUGAUGGUUCAUGGCAGGUGGCAGCUGCGGAAGCUCAGGCUCGAUGACCUGGGUCUGCACUAAGAGACAGCCAAUAUAUUUCCAUCCAUGGGGUGAAAAGUACCAGGUUGUACCCCUGCUCUCACAAAAUUAUUGGGGGGACGACACCCUACUGGGAAGUUUCGUUAUGUGAGCAUUAGUGGAACAAGCUGUGAUGCUCUUGUACAGGUUCAAGUUGCUAGAGAGCACAAGGAAGGGGGGGGGGGAGAGAGUUGCUAUUGCACUCCGGUCCUGCCUUCAGGUUUCCCAUAAGCCUCUGGUUGGCUGCUGUGAGAGCAGGAUGCUGGAGUAGUUGGCGCAUGGACCUGUUCCUGCAGGGCUCUUGUGUUCUUAUGUUCUGGUUCACUUCAGUAGUGCUUGCAUAGGAGAACCUUUGUACCUGGUUCUUUGUACCCAAUAGGCGGUGCUGGAUUACCUAAUAGGCAGAUUCAGCAUGUGCUUUAAAAAAGAAGAAUUCAACAUUCGACAUUUCAAAGAAAACACUGAAGUGAAAAAUCAGACUUCCUUACACUCAACUGCACACCAUUUCUCCGCUCCCUUUUUAUUAGUUAUCCUCACCUAAACCAGGAGGCACCCUACUGGUGUAGAUCAAAAUAAUAUGAGGAAAUCAGAUCCUGCCAUGUGUUGCAUAUUCUAUUCUAUUUAUUUUUAAAAAAAUAUUUGACGGUUCAGUAUUGCUCUUAUUGUUACCUAUGAAACACCUUUAUUCCCACCCCCACUCCCACCCACCCCCAAAUCUGAUGCCUGAGACCGACUGAUCUUGUUGUCCAACGGGGGGGGGGGCUCCUUCCGGUGUCCAACUGCAGUCCCUCUGCAUAAGUUAUGCAUUUCUGGCGCCAAGCCCUGCGUGCUGUUUCAUUUUCAGGAAACUAUUCCUGGCCAAGUUGGGAGCUGUGACACGUUUUUUGCUUGGCAGUGGAAUCUUCCUGCCAACUAGGGUAGGCCUGAAUGUGCUUGACUCCCAGCAGACUUGGAAUCGUGAUCCAGUCUCCCCAACACACACACACAAAGUGAAAAAUGUAAGACAUGCUUCAAAAUCACCAGAUUUGAACUCUGCAAGGAAUUUGUGUAUGUUUCUUUGGACCAGCUUUGUGGACUGAAAACAGCACAGGGACAUGCUGCCACCAUAAGUUUCCAAACUUGGCAUACUGCUUGCGGAAGCCAAAAACAUUAUUCAAAUGUAACAGGAGCCGAGAUGCCAAAUUUUCUUUUUUAGUUAGCUUGUGGGAUGCAUUUGCCAUGAAGCACACAUGGAUUCCAGCUCUCCUCAAGGAACGCAGGGUGAGGGGUGCUGGGUCACUCUCCUGUGACUUAGAACUGGGGACAGCUGAGGCGAGCUAAGGGGCAGUGUCUGUCAGUGGGUAGAGCUUGGUGUCGCAUGCGUGGAGCCCCCUACUGGCAUCUGAUUAGGGCAAAGAGUGACAGUUUUGGGGAAGAGCCUGCCUGUGCCUCAGGAGUGGAGCUUGAUGGAAGUGGGGGCGAGUUAUCCAUGUUAUCCUCCAUGUUAUCCUCCUAACAACCUAGUUAGGUAGGUUAUGUGGAGAGAUUUUUUUAAAAAAAUAAUAUUUAUUACUUUUAUAAAUUACAAAAAGGAAAGAGAGAAACAGAAAAAAAGACAAAGGAGGAAAGCAAAAAGGAAAACAAAACAAAACAAUACAGUACAGUAUAUAGACAAUGCAAAACACAACCUAAACUCAAAACUAAAGACAUUAAACUAAACUAAACAAACCCCACUCCCUAACCUUAACCUAAACAAAACAAAACAAAAACAAUUUAAAAACAUGCAUCAUCCCUUUUCCGUAGUCUAUCUUUCAUUCCCUUGUUUCCUCGACCUCCUCUCACCUCCCUUUUUGUAUUCCACUUCUAUUAAUUUUUUCAGCAAAUCCUUUCCAUCUUUCUCCGUUUUCUAUAAUAUUGUAAAUAACGUAUUUUUUAACCUUAUUUUCCAUUAAAACUAAAAUACUUAUAUAUGCUUAACUCCUUAUAACAUUUCUGCUAAGCCCAUAAAAAUCAUUCCACCAUUUUUCUAUCACUCAUUAGUUUUACCAUAUGUCUAUAUAUAAACUUUAAAUUUUCCAAUCUUCUUCCACCAUCUCCUCUCCCUGGUUUCGGAUUCUGCCAGUCCUUUCCGUCAACUCCAUAAAGUCCAUCAACCUGGUGAUCUUAUGUCCGAGGCUCUUAACUCUUUUCCAAGUCCCUUCUGCAGGUCUUCUUCAUUUUCUUUAAUGCUAAAGAGCAAAUCUCGGGGAAACUCCAACUUGUCAAUCCUUUUCUUCCUUCUGAACAGAUCAGCCAAAUUUCCAUAGUUGAAGCUACAGUCCAUAAAGUAUUUCAGGGCAUAUUUCAAGAUUCCUCCAAAUCCAAAGGCCCCCAAAACUUCAAUCUCCUCCAGGCCCGAGUCCAUGUCCCAAAAGUCAGUUAAUCCCUGCAUAGAGGGAUCUUUCCAACUUUCCUUCUUUAAUCCAAGCCGGGAUCCAUUCCUCAAAGUCUGACUUUUCCUAGAUUCAAUCAUAAAAGGCCUCAACUUAUAGUCCUCAAUUUGCUUCUGUAAAGCCACGGAUCCCGCUUGUAUUACUUUAUGUUCAACAACAGCAGCUUUCUCCUUCUCCUCCUUCUCCUCCACCAUUUGUCCUGCCAAAAUGGAUUCCUGUACCAAGUCCUGAAUUAUUUCUGUGUUGGUGUUCACUCAAAUUAGUCACUUUCUGUUCCAAAUUAUCAACUUUAAAAGUCAUGUCAUCCAUCUUCUUGUGAAGCUGUCCCAGCGAACAGCUUAUCUUACAUAAAACAGUCACAAUGGCCUCUCCUGUCAACAUUUUUAAAUGGUCCAAGGUCAAUCUCUGGUUCUCAGAAUCCUUAUCUGCAGCUGGAAAUCCCCCAGUUACACUCCUGUAACAGUUUCAAAAGCUCCCUCUAGAGGGAAACAGUCUCCACUUGUAUCAGUCUUUUCAGGCACAACUCAAGCAUUAAAGAUAGUUUCAAUUUUCAGUUACUUUUCCUCUUCUUUAAACGCAGAGGAGGACAAUGGAAACAGUAUCUUACUCUUAUUUAGCUAGCUGUCAAAUCCGUUCUGUCAAUGCACUCUCUCCAGACGUCAUCUGGCAGCCCGUUCCCAGGUUCAGAGCAGUGGUAAUUUGAUUUUUCACUCUCUCCUGCAGGCUCACUAGGUCCAAAAUUUCCCCCUCUUCUCCUGCUUCCAAGGGGGGUUUUGUAUUUUAAACCGAUGGAAAUUUAAUCCUUUGCCAAAAGCUUUCAAAGACUUUAGCUUGUAACGUCUUUGCUUCAGUCUAUUUACAAAAACGGAAGGCGGACUUCCUGUUUAUGACCUCCCACUUCAGUGCCAAAUUAAGGUAUUUAAAAGUCCAAUUUUCCAUUCUACUCACGGGUAGUUGUUUAAAAUCCAAUUGCCCACAGGAAAAAGUCAGCGCUCUCCGGCAACAGCAAUGCGGCUUCACUCCGUGAAAGAAGCAGUCGAUUCAAAACACCGUGCCACUCGCCCCACGUCGCUCCGGAUCCCCAAAACAGGGUUUCCCCGCGAGUAGGGGAGGCGCAAAAGGUGCCAGCCGAAUCCCAGGUUCACAAGCUUCUCCCGCUUGUGAUUUCAAUGGGUCUCCACCUUCGCCGUGGCGGUCAGACCCUGUUUUUCACGGAGCAAGUUCCUCCCGAAUGGAGGAGCUCCGCCAUUGCCGGAGGCGCCAACCCGGAAGUCCUCCGGUUACGUGGAGAGAUUUGAACCCAAGAGCUCUCUAGUACUGUAAAGAGGCACUUGUCUGGCAACAGAGAUUUUGCAAACUGGAAUGUAGCUGUGAGAGAUUCCCAUCCCCAUCUUCUUCCAAGCCACUAAUGUGUCGCGAAUCUAUAACACAAGUGUGUGGGGAUAGCAGGCUACUAAAAAUUCUGGUAGACCGGUGACCUUGGUGGACUUCCGUGCAAGGCUGCUCUGCAGUGACUGCACCCUGCUGGGUUCUCCUAGCCUAUGUGACAUGCACCUCCCACCCAGCUCCAGGCAAAGAUGCUUCUUGUUGUUUUCUCCAACACUUUAUUUAUAGAUUUCCUUUGUUUUAAAUUAUAGCCCUGUGGAUUACAAAUAAUGUCAUACCCCAAGAAAAAAGGAUGCGGGGAUUGAAAUCUGAAGAAGUGUCUGUGUGGGUCGGAUCCGAGUAAAUCAGGUUCAGGAAAGAGACAAGUGCAACACAGGGAGGGGCUGGUCUGUAAAAGACAUGGGAAAGGGGAGGCGGAAGGCAGGCUGUAGGACUGGAAUAAAAGGAUUGUGGGUCAUUUUGCUGAAAUGGGCAAGGCAUAAGCAAGCUAUUGGUGUGGUCCUUGAUUCCUGUUGGCUGCUCCCUCCACACAGCUAUGGGUGGGUAGGGGUGCAGCAGGGCAGGGAAGAGGCCUAGCUCAGUGGAGAACAGUUCCUGAUCCCAAGUACGUAGCUAUCGGCAACCUAUGACUGAAGGACCUCCUGCAGCCAUUCGCCUAAUUUCAAGCAAUUGGGUGGUGCCCAGAGGGACAAAAAUAAUAGAAAUCAUAGAAUUUUAGAGUUGGAAGGGACCCUGAGGAUCAUCUAGUCCAGGGUUUUCCAAACCUGGGUCUCCAGCUGUUUUUUGGACUACAACUCCCAUCAUCCCUAGCUAGCAGGACCAGUGGUCAGGGAUGAUGGGAAUAUGCAGUUGGCCCAUAAAGGGAUUGAACCUGCGACCUUAGCAUUAUCAGCGCCACACCCUAACCAACUGAGCUAUCCAGGAUGGAACCUGGAACCUGGAAGGUGGGAGUGGUGGUGGGGGAAUGGAGGGAGCUGAAAUGGAUGUGGCAGCUGAAAAAGAAGAUGUGGGAAAAACUCUCUGCAUAUAAUCAGUUCGUAUUACAUGGUGGUCUGAUGCCAGCUCCCAUGGGCCAAGGUCGGUCAGGAGUUUUGCAGGACCACGGAUAGCUCCAAGGAAGCGAUGAGCUUUGACAAUGGCUGCAUGCAAGCCAUACAUUUAAAGCACAUUUCCCUGCCCCAAAGAAUCAUGGGAACUGUAGUUUACCCCUUACAGAGCUGAAAUUCCAAGGACCCUUAUCAAACUACAGUUCCCAGGAUUUGGUGCGUGCAUGUGUAAAUGUGCUGGAAAUGUAUGGUGUAUCCACAGCCGAAGUUUGAGAGCAGACUGAGCCUUUUGAAGCCUCUGUCUCUUCCAGGCUCUGCCUGUCUCGUGGUAGAUUCCUAAAGGACCAAUUCCUCCCUGUCUGAUCCUAGUUUGUUCUUAGUAAUUAGAGUUUAAGCAGACCACACUUCUGCUCUGAACAGGAACUGUGAUCUGUUGAAAACUGUAAGCAGAAAUUAAUCUCUUAAUUUCAGGCAUGGAGAAGGAGGUGAGAGGAGAUGUGAAUGUGUGAACCCAGGAUUCACCAUGGCUUGUUCAGGUAAUGGGAAACCAUGAUUUACGAUUAUGUUUGAACUGGGCCAUUGAAACUGAUGACAUUAAUUAUCUUUUGAAGAUCUUUUUUUUAAAAAACAACCUGUCUUUGUCAACCUAUCUAUUGUACAGUAUAUAAGACCCAAGUACAACUUAGAACAUAGAAGUUGUUAUUCCUCUACAUAUAAAUUAUGGGGUUCUUUUGCAUUCGCCUUUGGCAUUAUCCUUGCCACUUCUUUAAGGAACGUGCAAAAAAUAAAUCCAGCUACCCUGUAAAAAUUGUAAUGCUGGUGAUUCCACACAUCAAGUAGGGUCUGGAAGGUGUUUUUGCAGAAUCUUGUAAGUCCAAUCCAUCACUUCCCCCUCUCCUGAGGAUCUGCUUCUCAAUCAAGUGCUGCUAUUGCCCUCCCUUCCACCUGCUGAAAAUAGAUUCUGGAGCUGAUCCCGCGGAGAAAGCUGCCCAGUUAAGUCUUUCUCCAGCCUCCCCCUUUCCCAAUUUGCCGCCUUGUUUUUACACACGACCCCUUUGUUAUGUCGCGCUCCCGUUCACACGCCUGUGCGCACGACUAUGCAACCAGCGGCCUCCUCCCCCACCCCCAAUUUCACAGCUGCACGAUCUCAUGUUGUAACAAGCUCGUUCGCUUCGGUUGCGUUUUUGUUGUUGUUGUGCCCAGCAGGGGGCAGUGCUGCAUUCUGUCAUGCAGCGGGGACACAUCCAAGGCAGGCGAGCGCAUUGACCAGGGAACAUCAUCGUACCGAGUACGCUCGCAGGCAGCGCAUAACCAGCAGCACAAAUCCCCUGGUAUGCUGGCAAAACGUGCUUGGGUGGACCUGAAAGCGCUUCCGAAUUCUGUCACACAUACACGCCGCCCCCCCAGGCUUUGCAUAUGCCCAAAUGCAUAUUCCAGGGGCAUUAUGGAAUAUGCUGGGUUCUGUAUAUACUUCCAUAUGUAUAAGCCAGUGAUUAUAGCUCCAUGAAGGAGUCAGAGAUGGGAUACAGGAAUCUGCUGGCUCAGACCAUUGGUCAUUUCGAGUUCUGUAUUGCCCACACUGGCAAACAUUUUCCCGAGCCUUACAUGGAGAUAUAAUAAUAAUAAUACCCUGCCCAUCGGCGGCUUCCAACAGAACACUAAAAUACAAUAACCUAUUAAACAACAUUAAAAGUUUCCCUAAACAGGGCUGCCUUCAGAUGUCUUCUAAAAGUCUGGUAGUUUUUCUCUUUGACAUCUGGCGGGAGGGCAUUCCAUAUGGUGGGUGCCACUACCGAGAAGGCCCUCUGCCUGGUUUCCUGUAACUUGGCUUCUCGCAGCGAGGAGUUGCCAGAAGGUCCUCGGCACUGGAACUCAGUGUCCGGGCAGAAAGAUGGGGGUGGAGAUGCUCCUUCAGGUAUACUGGACCGAGGCCGUUUAGGGCUUUAAAGGUCAGCAUCAACACUUUGAAUUGUGCUUGAAAACGUACAGGGAGCCAGUGUAGGUCUUUCAAGACCGGUGUUAUAUGGUCUCGGCGGCCGCUCCCAGUCACCAGUCUAGCUGCUGCAUUCUGGAUUAGUUGUAGUUUCCAGGUCACCUUCAAAGGUAGGCCCACAUAGAGCGCAUUGCAGUAGUCCAAGCGAGAGAAAACUAGAGCAUGCACCACUCUGGCAAGACAGUCCGCGGGCAGAUAGGGUCUCAGCCUGCAUACCAGAUGGAGCUGGUAAACAGCUUCUCUGGACAGAAUUAACCUGUGCAUCCAUGGACAGCUGUGAAUCCAGAAUGACUCCCAGGCUGCGCACCUGGUCCUUCAAAGGCACAGUUACCCUAUUCAGGACCAGGGAGUCCUCCGCACCCGCCCACCUCCUGUCCCCCCAAAAAGUACUUCUGUCUUGUCAGGCUUCAACCUCAAUCUGUUAGCCGCCAUCCAUCCUCCAACCGCCUCCAGACACUCACACAGGACCUUCACCGCCUUCACUGGUGCUGAUUUGAAAGAGAGGUAGAGAUAAGUAUCAUCCAAUGCCAGGAUCGAGCCUGGGACCUUGUGUAUAUGAGACAGAUGCUCUCCCACUGAGCUUUGCCUCUUCUAUAAUUGCACCAUUGGCUGGGAAUCACAACUAGGGGCAGUACUGCGCGCGGGUCCUGCUUCCGGACUUCCCCUGGGCAUCCAAUUGGACGCUAUGAGAGAACAGGAUCCUGAACGAAGAUGGGCCUUUGACUCGAUGCAGCUACAGGGUUUCCUUAGGUAACGGAUUCUAGCUUUGCAUGCUUGUCCACGUACAAAUCCUCCCUGCAGACAGAAAACAAGCAUAGUGUGGAGGAAAAAGUCAAGUCCCAGCUCUCAGCCUUUCUGUGUUGGCUUUCUACAUGCAAGGAGGAGCAUUUGGAAAUGUGGUCAGCCAUCUGCCACUUGAAGAGGUGCAGUAUGUUCUUCCAUCUCACUCUUCCACUUUGUUGGCUCACUUGGCUGCUCUGUGUAUACCUGACCUAGUCCGCGCUUACUACUUUGAGAAUAUCAUUGGGACAACCCGCCCCCCCCCGAUCUGUUCUCCAAAGUGGUGGCAAGCUUAACCCUAUUGUCACAGCCUCCAUACCAACUUUCUCUCUCUCCCCUUACCCCUGGUGGGACAGAAGAGACCAAAUGUAGCCUAGUUGAGUGAUUUUUAUUUUAUUAUUAUUAUUAUUAUUAUUAUUAUUAUUAUUAUUAUUAUUCCUUCCUUACUCCAAGGGGAGCUCUGUUUUGUUUUGUUGCUCAUUUGCAAUGCUAUAAAUUACGUAAGGCUGCGAGAUAGUGGACUGGUCACCCAGUGAGCUUAAAUGACAGAGUGAAGGAUAUGAACUCCUGUUUUCUCAGUCUUAAGUCCAAAUCAUGCACCACACUGCCUGAUUGGUGCAGCCCAAGACAACUGCUGUCCUUGUAGACACCGUCUGCUCCCACUAUAAAGGCAAAGGUAAAGGGACCCCUGACCAUUAGGUCCAGUUGUGACCAACUCUGGGGUUGCGGCGCUCAUCUCACUUUAUUGGCCGAGGGAGCCGGCGUACAGCUUCCGGGUCAUGUGGCCAGCAUGACUAAGCCACUUCUGGCAAACCAGCGCAGCACACAGAAACGCCGUUUACCUUCCCGCCAGAGUGGUACCUAUUUAUCUACUUGCACUUGGACGUGCUUUCGAACUGCUAGGUUGGCAGGAGCAGGGACCGAGCAACGGGAGCUCACCCCGUCGCGGGGAUUCGAACCACCGACCUUCUGAUCAGCAAGUCCUAGGCUCUGUGGUUUAACCCACAGUGCCACCCGUGUCCCCCUGCUCCCACUGUAGAACAUUAUUAAUUAAUUAAUUAAAUUUGUAUACCGCCCUCUACCUUCAGGUCUCAGGGCAAUUCACAAGAUAAAAAUCACAAUAGAAAAAUACAAAAUACAUAAUCAAAAUAAUAAAAACAACCCAAUAACCCUAACUCAACACAUUUUAAAAGGGGAUUGGAUGUCAACCUCCCACAUCUCAUAAGAAGAUUCUGCUGGAUCAGACCAGUGGCCCCUCUAGCCCAGCAUCCUGCUCUCACAGUGGCCACACAGAUGCCUGCAGGAAACUGGCAAACAGGACCCGAAGACAAGAGCCCCUCCCUUCCUGCAGUUUCUAGUGACAUAUUCAGAAGCAUCACCGCCUCCGAUCCUGGAGGCCCAGCCCAGCCAUAAUGACUUGUGGACAUCGAUAGCCUUAUCAGCUACUAAUAGGUAGCUUUAUAUGGCAUUUCCCGCAUAGUCCUAGUGGUGUAUGUCUCCAGCUUUAAUCACGGUCUUCCAUCCAGCUAUAGCCAGGGCUGCUCGGCAUAUUCUCUGCUUUGCGAUGAUGAGAAUGUUAACAGCGACAGCAAGCAUGAUUCUAAAAUAAAAAAACUCCUUUCAAAGCUUAACUGAGUUCUGCCCCAACCCUAAACCCACCACACAGGACUUGUGUUUUGCUUAUUUAGGAAAAUAUGCUUUGCUUCUGUUAGGCACAGGAAAAGGAAUGUAACCUAUUGAAAUUCUGUCCCAGCAUCCUUUUUGCGUUUUUCACCAGACACUGCCUGCAUGCUUCAAACCUUUCCAACCUCAACAGCUAGAAACUUGCUGGGCUCCCCCUCUUUUUAAGAAGUCGAGACUCUCAGAAUGCAGACUUCUGUGCCCACUGCUCAGCCAGUGCUGUGCCCCUGCCAAAUACACAGAGGCCCUGGUUGUAAUUAUUAAUAAAGGCUCUGUCUUGUUAUAUAUGUUAUGGACAGGAGCUGGCAGCCCAACUAGCCCUUUCCAAAAUUUAUUAUUGUUAAUGUCAUGCCGUCAGUUAUGCACGGCACUUUAAAGAAGAAGAAGAAGAAGAAGAAGAAGAAGAAGAAGACGACGACGGACAGGGCUCUAACACACCGUCUACAACAGUCUCCCCCCAUCUGGUGUCUUCCAGAUGUUCUGGAGUGCCUCAGCCAGCACAGCUGUACUCCAAAACAUCUGGGAGGCUGAUCAAAAAUUUGACACAUGGAGCCAAGAGAGGGAGGUGAGAGCAAAAUGCAUUUGGCUCAGGCUUAAUUUUGAUCGCCGUCGAAGACUACCUGUUCCUUCCGAUGGCAGUGAACCCAUUGUUGCUUUCUGCUCCCGGCUGCCCCUGAGCAACAGAAAUGUGCUCAUUAGCAGAACCAUGCCCCUUUCGCAAUGCCUGGCUCUUGACAAAAGUGCUGCCAUAGGCUGUCACGCCUGGCGGGAGCAGUCAGUCUAAUAUACCGUAGGUGCAAAACUGGCCCUAGACUUUUAAGUUGCUGCUAUGCUUGGCGUCGGGCCUCUUGAUACCAACACCCAGUUGACAGCUGGGCAUCGUCCGGAGCCUGCAGCAGAUGCCCUGUCUGUCAGAUGGAUGAACUGGCCCAGAGCAUCUGUCUCUGUGGAGCUGCCGUGUGUAUGGUGACAUUACUGAUUUUUUUAAAGGUGUUCCCACACUGAAACUGGAAACCAUGACAAAUGCUUAGAAAACUCUCCCAUCACUGGGCUUGUACUUAGGGCUAUCUAGGUCACUGAAAGCACCCAAAGAAUUCUGGGAACUGUAGUUUGUUAAGGGUCCUGAGAGAUGUUAGAAGACUGCCUAUUGACCUCAAAUAGCUACUGUUUCCAGAGUGGUUUGGCAAUCAGUUUACUUUACUCUGAGCACCCUUAAGUACAGUUCCCAGGAUUCUCCCUGGUAAGCCAUGACACUUAAAGUGGUUCAACAGUGCUUUAAAAUGUACAGUGCAGCUGUGGACCUAGUUAACCACCAGCGUGCUUUAAACACACCUUUCUACUCAUAAUCAGGUUCAUUUAAAAGGACAGGAUUGUUCCCCAACCCCUUCAGCACAUGGCUCAUGUUCACAGUUGGGAGAUUUUGAUCCGUGUCAGUCACUAUAUGGUGCCCCAUACACAAACCCACACCCCUUUUAGACAUACAAAUAACGAGCCUGAAACAAUUACUGGGCACAUAAUCUAGAGACCGCAGCGUGACUCAAUCAGCCCUUUAAUCAUUCUGCUAUGUUUUCCAGACUUUCUAGCUUCAGCGAAGCAUCUCUUCAUCAACCUGUCCACUGAGGAAGCUGUGUGAAUUUGUGGGGGUCACUGCACACUGGAACAAUCCACCGCCUUUCGUGGGUGGCUUUUACAAGAUUUGUUGGCCAUCGCCAGCUUCUUGUGGAAACUGAGCAUGCACCCAGAAGAAUGCACUAAGAUGCUCCUCCUGGAACAAGCUCAUUUGGAGGUGAACGCUGGUAGGAUCGGGCAAUCUGUCCUUCUGGGAAGCUUGCCUGCCAUUGAUCUCCCGAUCGAGGAAUUCCCUAAUAAGCUUUGGAGGGAUGUCCAAGGCCCCACCAAAAGCAAAGCUUAAAGCCUCUACUUGGUUGCAUCCACAGCCUCAGUGGCUAAAGGGUGGCAAAAGGGUGGGCUGUGUUUUCUUACACUACACUUGUGAGUGAAGUGGAAGUUCAAAUCAGCAUGAGCGGUUGUGAGUAUGGAGGAGGAUGCCACCUACAGAUCACAGCCUUGUACUCUGUAUUAACUAACCCAGAAUAACUGGCCUCCCCUCCCCAUGUAAAAACAUAAAGAACAAAAAAAAGAGCCUUUCUAGAGCCAUCCAGUGGCCCGUCUAGUCCAGCAUCCUGUUCUCACGGCAGCUAACCAGUUGCCCAAGGGAAGCCGAGAAGCAAGACUCCUGCGGUUCCCAGAAAAUGGUAUUCAGAAGCAUCACUGCCUCUGACCAUGGAGGCAGAGCUGGAGCCAUCAGGGCUAGCAGCCACUGAUAGCAUUUGUCCUUCUUGAAUUGGACAGAUCCUCUUUUAAAUCCAUCCAAGUUGGUGGCCAACACUGCCAUCAGAAAUGGUUUGGAAUCCCUCCCAUAAAUCCAUGUUGAAAGAACUGACCAUUCCUUAUCACUCACUCUCUGUCCACCCUGCUUGUGAGCAGAGCUGGCAUCGCAUCCAAGACCGAUUAUUACAAUUUGGGUGGGUGGUGCUGUGGUCUAAACCACGGAGCAUCUUGGGCUUGCUGAUCAGAAGGUUGGCGGUUCAAAUCCCUGUGAUGGAGUGAGCUCCUCGGCCUGGCUUCCUCGGCCUGAAAGCGAGAUGAGCGCCGCAACCCCACAGUCGCCUUUGACUGGACUUAACUAUCCAGGGGUCCUUUACCCUUUUUUUGGCAUCCGAGACACAAAAUCCCACAAGCACCUUUCUCCCUUCCCAUCUAGCGGUAAAAAUAAAAUAACAGCCAUAACUUCCUUUUCGGACAACUUGCUGCCUGAGCCACCCACCUCACACUGCCCAAUGGUAGGACUUGGUUAUGAGCAGCAGAAUGUGAUGUUAAAGGGGAGGAAACCACAAAGAGUCCAAUAGCCCCUCGGAGACUAAGAAAUGUGUUAUGGCAUGCACUUUCAUAGACUCCACUUCACCAGCUGCAGAAGAACACAGGUAUCAUCCCUCUGGAAGUUAUUAAAGGGGAAGUCAUCUCUCUGUGUGUUCAUAUUACUUACAUCCCACUUCUCUAUGUGGCUCCCGUGAUCUCCCAUCCCAGUUUCCGUCUGGUUUCAUGCCUGCUUAUCUUCGGUAGUACUGCAGCAACCUCAGCUGCUCCCAGACCACCCCUUGUCGUCUCCCCAGUCUCCCCCCCCCCGCUUGCCGCUCUGCCUCAGGAAAUAAAUCUGUGCUUAGCAAUCUCAAGUGAAUUCCCCAGGAGGCAGCAGCUAUUGCAGAAGAAUUAAUGUAGAGCCCAGGCCGCGCGAUCUUAUAGGUGAUGCGGUGCCUACCGCCUUAGAAAGCAGCCCUCGCCUAGGAUGCCCCCUCUCUCUGGCAGACUACAACUCCCAUGGCCCCUCGGGUGGGAGGGGGUGCAGCGAGCAUGCUCAGCUUCCCUGCUCUGCUCCCCCUCCCCUCCCCGCAUCUCUCUCUCCCUCUCUCUCUCCCUCUCCUGCAUCUUCCCACCCUGCUCUGCUGCAUCAGCACCAACCUCUCUCCAUCCUUAGAGCAUCUUCCUCCUCCCAGCUUGGUGGGGCAGGGAAGGCUCAGUUUAUCCAUUACUGCAAUUACCAGUAACCUUCCUUCCCGCCCUCCUCCUCCUCCUCCUCCUCCACCACCCCAAAGAAGAGGGGUCUUCGCCAGCCACCGUGUCUGUCUGUUGAGCCACACGGAGGGUGGGGGAGAAGACCCACUGAGGACCCACAGCCUCGCCAGGAAGCAAGCGCAAUGAAGGAUCGCACCCAGGAGUUGAGAAGUGUAAGAUGCAAUUUUCUUUCUUCCCUUCCCCCACCCCCCACAACCUUGAUUUAAUGCCUGGGGGCCUUGUCUCUGUCUCCCCGCCACCCAGCCCCCAACCCUGUAGAGAGGCAAGUGGGGAGAUUAGCAAUAGCCUUCCGAUGUAUUUCUUAUAUUUCCUUCCUCCAACUCUCCAAAUGGCACAUAAAGAAUUAUUUUAUUCAGCAGUCACUAAUAGGCAAGGAUAUAAUGGUAGGAGGAACACUCUGUAUCUAAAUUGUGGUGUGUGUGUUUUUUGAGCGCGCGGGGGGGGGGGGGAGAGAAGGUGGCGGCCAGAUUAUCGAGGGGGGGAGCGAUCCACUGCGGGAUCUGUCGAGAAGGAUGUCUCAGGUUUCCAAGAUGGGGGAGGGUUGGACUUGGCAUGGGGAGAAGAGGGGCUCGUCUCUCUGCAAGACAAGGGAAAAGGCUGCCUGGUUGCAUUUCAGGAGGGUUGAAAUCUCUCCAGCGAAGAAUUACACAGCCAUGUAUCUGAAUGUGGGGGAGCGGGGAGAAGGUUUUGUGAGGUUGUUCCAUUCCCCCAGAAGUAUGGGGAGGAAUUGGGGAAUGCAUUCUGCUAAUGUACAUGUCCGUGCGUAUAUUAAGGCGAUUUUCUUUCAGAGUAAGGGGAGAGAGUGUUUAAAUAUCUCAUUUUAAGUCUCUUAAAAGCCAGUGUAUGUCUACAGAAAUUUGUGUGUGGGAAGACACAGUCAAUUUUUAUAGGUCAUCCGAUUCCUCCCCUCCCCAAAGAGGAAGGGGGGUGGGUUGGAGAGAAAGGAAUAGCCCUUAAGGCGUCAAAUAUUUCAGGAAGUGUGAGAAUAGAGGGGGUGGCUGGGCGGGGGGGGGGGAGAGGAGGAGGAGAAGAAGGAACUUUCUCCCUCCUCCCGCUUCCACCAGCUUGUUGGGAGAAGGACUGUGAUGGAUGGUUUUUCUCCUUUCACCUCUUUGCAAUUUUUUUGGGUGGGGGGAGGGUGGGGGAUGGCUGAAGGUUGAGCCAAAUUGGAUGUGACAGAUUCUGUCUCAAGGGGAGAGGCACUGGGAGGCAAAGAAGUGUUGUGGGGUGCAUGCGUGUUUUAUAGCCCGGUGUGUUAAUGUCAAUUCCUUGAUUAGCACAAAGCACUCACGCAUCGAUAUGUUAAGAGAAGGGUCUAAGGGGAGAUCACCGAAAUAAUUCCUAAGAACCCCCUCCUCCACUUUUUAUAAGACCGCCCCUUACACACGAACUGCUGUGCUCCAACCUGCCUCUCUCUCUCUCUCCCCCCCCCCCCCAAUCCGUUUUCUGGUUUGCUGAGAUAGGAUGUGACUCUCAUUUCCAUUUAAGCCUGGAGACACACAGCAAAUCUUUGGCUCCUCUCUCUCUCCCUCCCCCCACGCCGCUCCUUUCCCUCCCUCCCGUCCCCCACCCCACAAGGGGAUGGAGUCAUUCAUACAAAAUGUUUUCGGUCUGUAUGUAAAGCAACAAGAAGUAAGGAAGAGGCUUUCUGUGAUCUCGCUAUGCCAAGUGGGCUGAUGGAAUUGGAGUGAUCUACUUUUCUCACAUCCAUCUAAUUUCUCGUAGUUCUUUUUUAAGUUGGGAUUGUCCGCGAUCUGGCAAAAAUAAAACAAGAUUCGUUUUGUUUUAUUUGGACCAAAACAAGAAUCACAACAAACUCGCCAUCUCCUUCUCUCCUCCAAAUGAGAUUUACUUCUUCUUUUUUAACAGUUCCUGCUGUUACACGGUCUGUUCUGUUCAAUUUUAGCCCCUGUGCUGCUGUUGUUUUUCUGGCCAGUUUCAGGGUCUUUUGUGUGAAAAUGAGGAGAUGUGCGCUUUUUAGUAUCUCUCUGUGUGUGACAGAAUAUCACGGUGUGCGCGUCCCUAUGUGUAUAGGGACAGGGCUUUUGUUACAUAUUCAUCUCUCUGGGUCUUUAACGCUCACCCUUCUCGGACAGAACAAACAUUAUUUUUGUGUGUGCGCAAAGGUUGGAAUUGCACAUCCUCUCUGGGUCCCUUUCUCCCCAAUGUCUUGUGUGCAUUUGUGGGAAGCAGGAGAAGGGGCUCCUUGGCCAAAUCAUCUUUGCGGAAGGAAUAUGUGACACUAUCACCCAGCGACAGAGAACAGAAAUUCAGCCAUCUCCUUCCAUCCCAAUUCCACAAUUGAAUUGCAACCCCGAAGAAAUAAUUCAGUGACCUUUUCAAGCGUUGGGAGGAUUUCUCUCCCCCCCCCCCAACCUCAGUUUCUGUUUUCCUUAUCCGAGUGGAGCAGAGAGAAACCGGUUAUAAUCACCAUUGCAUAUGCUUCCAUCUGCAGUAGCAACAAAAUCGAGCUAUUCCCUUUUAAACAAUGGGGGGGGAUCAGAUGCAGUGACAAUAAAGGAAUCUGUGUCUGUGUGUAUGUGUAUGUGUAUGUGUGAGAGAGAAAGAGAGAAAGAGUGUGUGUUUUAACAUAUAUAUAAAUUUAUUCAGCAGCUCCUCCCCUCUGCCUCCCCUUUAUUCUGCAUGGAUUACCGGGGGGGGGGGGGCGGCGACGGACCAGACAGAAAAAUUGUUGAAAAAUUGUGCAGGCUCCCGAUCUGGGAAUAGGUUUAGUGGCUGCUUAUACAGGAUGCUGGUGAUGUGCCCCAUCAGAUCUGCUCAAGGCAGAUUUCUUUAAAAAUGCCAUCUCCAUCUCCAUCUCUCUCUUUCCCCCCUCCCUCCCUCCCGAUGCCCCCUGCAAAAAAAAAUUCUUUGCCAGUGGGGGGAGAGAGACUGGGUUCCAGCAUCGCUUCCUAUCCUCCUGCCCAGGCAAGGGAGAAAAUGGCAUUUGCUUUAUCGUUGGCGCAUUGUGCGUUUGGGGGGGGGGUUAUGAUGGAGGAGACGGUUUUGCUGCAGGAGCCAAAGGCUUGUAUGUAUGUGUCUGUGUCUCUCUGAGCGUCUCUCUCUCUCUUGCUGCUCUCUCUCUCCCCCCCCCUCACCCCACCCCAGUGUUGAUAGUGUUACUUGCUGAAUGCAGCAGAAGAGAAGAUAGGCACACAAUAAAGAGAGAUGUGGGGGAGAUUAUAAAAGCAGGUGUGUUGGCAGGAAGGAGCAGGAUGGUGGUGCUGGCAUCGCCACCAAGUGUGGUGGUGGCGGCGGCAGUCGAUCUUGAUGGGGGCGAGGAACCCGCAGCCCUGAGGCGGUGUGUGUGUUGGGGUGGGAGGGGGGUGUUGUUGCAAGCUUUGCAAAAUCCUGCAGUCUAGAGCCGGGUUAAUAAGCCCACACAGACAUAGAGAAGGGCAAGAUUGCUUUGCAAUGAUGAUAUGCACCGGAGGCGCACAGGCGAGGGACUGUGGCCCCGUUGUCUCAAGCCUAUUUGUUUAUCUCCUCGCUGUUUAAACCCAUCCAGUCUCCAGCAGGGGAGAAACAUCACAGUGAAACAAAUCAAAUGGGGAAGUCUAACCCGCUGCUGAACUUCCCUCCCUCCCUCCUUUACACCGCACACAGCGGACCCCAGCCAAUUAAAAGCCAAACUGAGAUUUGCUUUUGGUUUGUAUGCUUGUUUGUUUGGGUUUUGUUUUUUAAGGAAGAGGAGGAGGAGGAAAGGUCUUAAAUACUCCUUAAAAGAUGCUCAGGUUCAGACUCUGGAGUGUCUCUGAAGAAGGAGUUGUGUGAGACAGGCUCGUUGCACUUAAAAUGGGUUGGAUUGUAAUGAAUGGGAGCUGAUAGUGGCUGGGGCCAGAGAGGAAAGAUGGACAUCCCUCCCAAUUCUGCAUUUGAUUCCCUAGAGGCCCAUAAAACAGACUCCACAGACACAGCUCCCUCCGUCCGAACAGUUUAUUAAUUGCCCGCUGUGUUCAGGGAGCAUAUCCAGAGGGGCUGGCUGUGUGUGCAUUAAACGGGCAGGACAGGCCUGGAGGGGCUGAAAUAUGAGGCUUGAGGAGGCUGAGAGAACUCAGGCGGCAGGUGGAGACACAGGUAAGCUGAGAUUCUGUUGAAGGACUUGAAGAGGAGGAGAGCCAAGGGGGGCUAUUCUGGAGGAUAGCAGAAGAUUUGGGAGAAAGGCACGGAGGGAGGGGGCAAAAGACUGCGGGUGAAGAUGUUCAGAACUGAGACAAAUGUGAAGGGGAGCAUAAGGAGUCAGCGGUGGAAUACACUUCUUUCUGCCUCUUUUACUUAAAAUCAAUUUAUACCCCGCUUUUCUUGACUGAUUGUGAACUCAAAAGCAUCCUGCAAUUAAAAACACAAAAGCAACUGACUGUGCAAAUUAAUAAAUAAAUAGUAAACAAGCGGCAAUAAAAGAGCGAAGUCCCGACUCGACAAAGAAAGCGGGGGGGGGGGGAAGAAACCAAUCACAGUAGCAUUAAUGAUUAUUAGUCUAUAGCCGCAUGGUGGGGAUAGGCUAGCCAGAUGACAUUCUUUUUUAAAGGCAGUUUUUUUUUAACCUGCUGUCUAAAAGGAUGCAGCCUGGGAUAUUGCCUGGGGUGGUAGUGGGGUGUUCUAUAAAUGUGGCACCACUACCAAAAGGCACAGUCCCUGCUUGGUGCCUGUGAAACUUCCUCUGAAAGCAGCACCAGAGCAAGGCCUCGGAUGCUGAACGGAAUGUAUGUGUGCCGACAAAAGUGGUCCUUUAAGCAGCCCAGGUCCCAAGCUGUUUGGGGCUUUAAAAAUCAAAGCCAGUACCUGUACUGUACCUACAAUUGAGCCUGGAAACAAACAGGCAGGUGGAUAAUAUUAGAUUAAUAUCACAGGCUGCAAUUGGCCAGCUCUGUUCAAUAAGCUGGCAGAGGCAUUUUUUUUUGCACCAGCUGAAGUUUUCAAAUAUUUUUCUAAAGGCAGUCCCACAUAUAACGUAUUAUUACAGUGGUCUCGUUCCUUGGGCAUGAAUGGCUGUGGCAAGGUCUGACUUAGAAGGGAAUGGCCAUGGCUAGCUUGCCAGCUGAAGCUGGUGAAAAAAGCUCACCAUUGCCACCUCCCAUAUUGGAAUCCUGGCCUGCCGCUUCAUACAGCAGAUUUCUAAUCUCUAGGGUGGUCUGGCUGAGCUUUUAAAAUGAGGACUAGUAGCUUGGAUGAACCAGAGGUAAGAUGUAAGCCACAGCAAUGAGUUAGUACAUAACUAUUUGCUCCCAUAUAAAGGUACUGGGGAAACGGAAAUCCUCCCUGUAAUUGCUUGAGGUUUGUUUUGUGCAUUUGGCUUAACAGCUGAAUAGUGUGUACAGGGUAGGACAUAAGCAUCUCUCUCUGUGUGUGUAUUCAUUUGUUCUUCAGCAUCUAAAAUGAGAGCUCACCUCUGUCAUGAGUUUACUUGACAGCCUUAUUCAAGCCACUCACCCUCCAGCCACCCUUAUACUAUAUGAAGAUAAUAAGGCUUUCCUUACAGGGUUGUUGUAACGAUUGUUGAGAUCACAGCACAAUGCGCUAUAAUUCCUUAAUUCUUCUUGACUGGUGCUUUUAAAAAUAAUAAUCCAAGGGGAGGAUUUGAACUCGGUCCCACCAGUCCAAGCCCAGAGGUGUUUUCCCCACCCCCCUACUACACUUCACAGUUUCUACUUUAUUGAGGUUUGGAAAUCUUGAACUGAGAAAGGCUCCUCAAGGCCAAAUGCAGCAGAGUCUUUGUGGGAUGUGAAAUAUACUGCUCAGUUUGCUAUACUAAGUUGCAUGUUGUAGAGUUAAGGUGGGGAGAUAUGAUUGCUCUCGCUUCCCUCUGUCUGUCUCUUUCACCCUCAACUCAAGGGCAGAAGAGACGUUUUCGUGAAACCCUCACAUCCUCAAAGGCACCAUUCAGAGCGAGCUCAAAAGUGCAAUCCUAAAACAUUGAGCCCAGCAGAAUCUGCUUUUUAGUAAAUAUUCUUAGGAUCACACUUCUUAACGGCGCAACUGCCAUAUAAACUGAAAGCAGAUCGGCAUAAUGUUGGGAGAUGCAGUGUGGUAAGAGGUGGACAAUGGCGUGUUCUCAGCACUUUACAAAAAGUAGAGUUUCCAGAGCUGUUUUGUGGGCACAAGGAAGGAGAACCCACAGCGCUCCUGCUGAUUUAAAAACCAUGUAAAUUUGCUGUAGAGACGUGCCUUAAGGAAGGACAUGCACCAGAUUAGCUGUUCCACUUUCCAGCUAGGAGGAAAGAAGGCUUGAGAGAUGUGUAGGUUUGAGCAAUGCUUGAUUUUUCUUGCUAUGGGGAGAAGGUGAGGAGAACUUGGUGCUAAGAAGGGUUGCUGGGCUGAGAAUCUUGUUACAGGGAGUGAGGAGAGGAAGAGUUUACAACUGGGGUGGGGGACAUUUUUGGCCCAGUGGGCCAGUUCUUCAUCUUCCUCCUCCACCCAAUUUUGACGCUACCCACCUGUCUGUCACCUGAUGUCAAGUGAUUGACAAGUGGGCCUUCCCACCUGCCUGUCGGAUUUGACUUGUGGGGGCAGAUAGCGCCUAAGCAGAACUGAACUCCUCACACAUCAUUUGACGCCCCCUGCUUUCUGUAAACUUUACAAGGAAUGGCAAUAUCUCAAGAACCCCUCUGCUUGACUGUUGCAGAAUGUCUUAGGUUAUUCCAGUAAGACCUGUUAUGUCAGAGAGAGGUGACUUAGGUUGGAAGGACCCACUUUGGGGAAGAAAGCUGCAACUUUGAAGCCUUUAUCGCUAACCCCAGACUUGCAGAGAGCUAGUUGUAGCAGGGGGAGAAAGCAUCUACUUCUUUGUUAACUCUUCCCAUGUUCUAGGCCUGAGACAAGGCAGGAUCUAGGGUUAAACCCUCACUGAGAUCCAUCUACAAUUAAAUCCAUCCAUCACACCUCUGUAGUUUCGUACACAAAGGUUACUAGCCCAACAAAUGACAAAAAGACCCACUGGACCAGUCCAUCAAGUCCCAUGGUGGCCAGCCAGCAGGUAUCUCUGGAAGCUCCCAAAGAGGACCUGAGGUCAAUAGUCCACUUGUGUUUUUGCUCCUACUAGUUACAUUCAGUUGAACGCCACCUCUGAAACUCGAAGUAGGUGUAGCUAUCAUGACUAGUAGCCAUUGAUAGUCUUCAUCCCCUAUGAAGUUGUCUCAUCCCCUCUUAAAGCCAUCUUAGCUGGUGACUUCCUAGUCACCUAAAGUCACCUUCGCACAAGUGACCACCAGUAUGGCGACAAACCUGAUCCAACACACUGGGCCUUUGCUGUGUAUCCAUAGAGAAAAGGUAGACUUACAGCUGUUGGUGCUCUCUCAUUAGUCGUCAAACGGUGGGCCGUGACCUCAGGUGGGUCACAAUUGGGGCAUCACCAUCAUCCUAUUCUCUCUUUCUCUCUAAUAAAGAUUUUGAAGAAGAAAAAGAUGAAAGGAUAAAGUUGUGGGGAGCAACAGAGAAAUAAAACAAGAAGAGGGGAUAGAGAAAGAAAAGCCAGUGACAAGAAGCACCCAUGGGAGAGGCUGGUGGGAGGAUAAAAAAAUGCAUAAAACAAAAGUGUGUCUUGUGUUGUUGUUACUUUGGCUUAAAUGUGAUGCCCCCAGUUCAGAAAAAGUUGGUGACUGCUGUGUUAUCCUGCCUGUUGAUUCAUUCAACUGUUGUUACUACUGAGCAUUUGUCCAGUUCAUACAAAAAAUGCUGCCAGGUGUUGCGUUAUUAGCCAGAGUCCUAUAGUGUGUGUGUGUGUGUGUGUGUGUGUGUGUGCGCUUCAGAGUGUGGCAGGGGGGAUUUUAACCUGAAAACCAGCCACUUAUACACACAUGCAAUCACCCUACAUGCAAACGAGAUUAAAUGUUAUAAGUGUGGGAUAUUUGUAUUUCUUGGAACCGGAGCUGCCGUAAAGCAGCUAUUCUCUCUUUCUCUGUUUACCCCACCUGGUAAUACAGUAACAGAAUAAACAAUGCAAGGAGGAAGAUGCAGUCCAAGAUAGGAAAAGAAGUGGUAGGGGAACACCUACUUUAAAUGAAUUCAAAUUUCCAGGGCCUGAUGAUCUGCACCCAAGGGUACUAAACAAGCUUGUGGAUGUAAUCUCAGAGUCCUGUGGACUGGAGCCAGUGUGGUGUAGUGGUUAAGAGCGGUAGACUCGUAAUCUGGUGAACCGGGUUCGCGUCUCCGCUCCUCCACAUGCAGCUGCUGGGUGACCUUGGGCCAGUCACACUUCUCUGAAGUCUCUCAGCCCCACUGACCUCAAAGAGUGUUUGUUGUGGGGGAGGAAGGGAAAGGAGAAUGUUAGCCGCUUUGAGACUCCUUCGGGUAAUGAUAAAGCAGGAUAUCAAAUCCAAACUCUUCUUCUUCUUCAAAUGUUGUCCCCAUGUUCAAAAAGGGGCAAAAAGAAGACCCAGGAAACUUCCAAUUGGUGAACUUGACAUCAAUACCAGGAAAAUUCCUGUAACAGAUAACUAAACAGUUGGUCUGCGAGCACUUAGACAAGGUUGCUGUGAUUACAAAGAUCCAGCAUGAGUUUCUCAAAAAACAAGUCAUGCCAGUUGGAUCUCAUUUCUUUUUUUGAUAGAGUAUCAAGCUUGGUGGAUCAGGGGAAUGCUGUGGAUGUAGUGUAUCUUGAUUUCAAUAAGAUUUUUGACAAAUUCCCCCCUUGAUAUUCUUUCAGAGAAGUUGGUAAAAUGUGGACUGGAUGAGAUAAAAGCUAGGUGGAUUUGCAGCUGGUUGACUGACUGAACCCAAAGAGUGCUCACUAACAGUUCUGCCUUGGUCAGAUCACAGCUGGAGUACCGUGUCCAGUUCUGGGCCUCACAAUUUAGUAAGGAUAUUGACAAGCUGCACUGUGUGAAGAGGAGGGCGACCAAGAUGAUCAAGAGUCUGUGUACUACAUAUAAAAAUGAGUGUGCUAGGAAAGAUUCUGAAAUGAUGAGGAAUUUUCAUGAGGCUUUUUCUUUUUUAAAAAAAAUCAAAUUCCUUCAGAAAAGUUUAAGGUUGGAAAUGUGAGAAACAGAAUCGAAAUUGAUAGAGACUUUCACAUUUAGUCAGGACUGCGCUAAAUGGUUGACUAGUUUCAAGGCAGGUUCACAGAACCAACUUUGACAAUUGUUUUCCACCAGUUUGUUACAUUUAUAUCCCAUCUUUUGUCCGUGAUGGAACUUUCAGCAAUGUACAGCAGCCUUGCAUUUAAAUACUCACAUAAUACCCGAAGGAGUCCAGGAAUUGGAGAGUGGACUGUCAGAAAAGGAUGGAACACACAUCCGUCCUCUGGACCCCAUCUAGAAACCAACUGGGCUUCUAGAGAAGGGAAGCCCCACCCUCCAGGCGCAGCAUAGACUUAGCUCCCUCCAUCCCUUUUCUGCCCCAGCCCUCAACAGGCUAGUGAAAUAAUUUUGCCAGCUAGGAAGUUUUAUUUGUUUUGUAUCAAUUUCCUUAUUUAAUCGAUUUAUAUACAGUGGUACCUUGGGUUACAAAAACCUCAGGUUACAAACACUUCGGGUUACAGACUCCACUAACCCGGAAGUAGUACCUCGGGCUAAGAACUUUACCUCAGGAUGAGAACAGAAAUCACGCGCCGGCGGCAGCGGGAGGCCUCAUUAGCUAAAGUGGUACCUCAGGUUAAGAACGGUUGCUGGUUAAGAACGGACCUCCGGAACGAAUUAAGUUCAUAACCAGAGGUACCACUGUACUGCUUAACUACCACAGUCUCUAAGCGGUUUACAAAGAUACAAUACAAAGAAUAAAAAUCAGUUAAAACUAUAAAAUCAAACUUUUAAUAAAAAUGCCUGCUGGGGGUAUCAGUAGGCACUGGAAGUUCAGUAGUGAGGGGCCCGGUCUGACCUCAACUGGAAGAGAAUUCCGUAAAAAUGGACCCACAAUACGAAAUGCAUGGCUCAAUGAUCGGGGAUAUAAGGGAUUAGGUGGUCCUUGAGAUAUUCUGGAAGCUUAUUUGCCUUAUUUGUAUGGCCAACCUCUAUGGGGUUCCCAUUCUGGCACUGACUUGCCCCCAUCUGCUUAGCUUCACCAAAGCUGCAGGACCCAACUGCCUUCAGUCCACGUCUGCUUGAAGUGUUGGGCAGUGUUUUGCCAAGCCCUGAUCAAAAUUUGGUUAAGCUUCCAAGGAACCAAAUUAACUUGUGGGGGUUUUUUGGAGGGGGGAGGGGCAGAUUUGGCCUCGUGGUCAUCUCUCCUAGAGAAAGGACCCUGAGCUGUCAUACCCCAGCCAUACUGGACCUCGAGAAAAGAUGGAUUUUGCACUAUGUCAGAAUGAUGACAAUGGGAUUCUGUUUUCAUGUUCCACAUGCAUUUGUGUUCCUUCACUGGUUAUGAAACAUCUACGUAGUCUCUGGACUAUCACCCUUACAGUCUGAAGCCUGAUGCCACUUAAGGACUAGAACCAAUAUUUCCUUUCUAAUGGAAGCUAUCCCCCCCCCCCCCCAAUGCUGUACCAAGCACCCAAUGACAUAUUAGAGCAAUGCAGUGGCAGGUAUAGACAUAGACACGCAACCCUGCUUGUGAUCUAGAGAAGACUAGGAAAGGAGGGUGCUGUUGUUAUUGUUUUUAAGGGUGGUAGUGUGUGCUAUUUAUAUAACCAUGUUGUGCAUUCCAUACUUUCGAUAUUUCCAUCCCCAUAUUUGCCUUCCUUCUGCCUUUCCUCUGAGGUCUUAGAUCAGGCAGCUGGCUCGAAUUGUCACAAGACUCACUUAAACAACACGAGACGUUAAAGUGGUCAUGAGUUCAUUCUGUCUAGUUUGCUUUAAUUUCCAAGCCUCCUGGGCCUACUUCACUCAUAUCUGCAAGCACUUCCAGGAGGGGCAGAAUUUUAAUCAAAGCUCUCUGGGUCGUUACCUUGAAGCAGUUAGCAGUGGGAUCCUAGGCAUGUCUACACUGAUGUAAGUCCCACUGUGUUUAAGAAAGUGGCCGUAGCCUAAACCUAGCUGCACAGAUAACUAGGCACCAUCUUUCUAGACUUUUGUGUAGUGUCUGAAGCCAUGCUAAGUGCCUGCAGCUUUCCUGUGUGUAGAGAAACAAGAAAGAACCUCAAAGCACCUUAAAGACUUAACAAAUAUAUCAUGCCAUAGUCAUUUUCUUAGGCUUAAGGUGCCACUAAAUUAUGCCGUUUUUGCUGCAAGAGACUAACAUGGCUUCCUCUUUGGAACUUCUGCUUAUAUGUACUAAUUCUGUAGUUUAUGUGCAAUUUAGCACAUUAAAAAAAAUGCAUUCCAGUCAAGUUUCUAGCCCUCAAGAGCAUUGCUUACAAACUUGUCCAAUCCCUCUGCCCUCCCAUUCUUUGUCAGCUAUUCCCCACCAAACAUCGAAAAGAUUCAGCGUGGCAAAUUAUGCAACCAGAAUGUGUUGUGAUGACUGCCUAGCCUCUGCUAGCUUUAGAGGUCUACAGUUGUGGUGUCUGGUGUGUGUGUGUGUGUGUUGGGGCUGGGGGGGGGGGUUGGGGGAAGGACAGCUUUCCAGACUGAGCACUGAAAUACUUGGCUGGUGGAAGGAAAUACUGCCAGAUCUCAGAGGCGCUAUUUGCCUUAAGCAAACGGAAUGACUCAUAUUGUAGCUCCGAGCUACUACUUAGUCGUAGUUUUUAUUUAUUUCAUUGAUAUGCCGCCCUCCCAAAAAGUUCAGGGUGUGCCCCCUCAUCCCUGUUUUAUCUUUGCAAUCCUGUGAGGUAGGGGACCAGCUGAGAGACAGUGCCAGGCCUGGGGCACUUCCACAUUUCUGCUUGUGCCAUGCUUUCUAGGCUCCAGUCCGAGCAUUUUUCCAAUUGCCCUACUGCUUUCCCUGGGAAAAUCCCAUUCUUUAGUGCUGGAUCAGAGCAAACAUCAAUCCACAGAAAACCCAAUGGACAUUUGCUCUGAUUCAGCAGUAAAGAUUGUGUUUUCCUGGGGGAAAGCGUUGGAAGUCUGGUUGAGCCCUAUGAUCACCCAACAAAGACCAAGGCUGAUCCCAGAUCUCUCCCGCUGCAGUUUCAGUGCUCUGCCUUGUUUGGAAGAUCUCUCCAGAAGCAGUGCCCUGUGAGAUUUUGAAUUAUACUGGAGAACCUUCCAAGAAGUUGCUCCAUCUUUUACAGAAUCACAGAAGUGUAGAGUUGGAAGGGACCAUGAGGACCAAACCCCUGCAAUGCAGGAAUCUUUUGCCCAAUGUGAGGCUCAAACUCACAACCGUGAGAUGAAGAGUCUCUUGCUCGAGUGACUUGAGCUUUCCAGCUCACUUGAAGACCUACUACACAUCAAAGCCUGAAUUUGAUAUUCAGCAUCCUUGAAUCCAAGCGUCCAUGUUUCAAACAAGCAGUUUCAUGGUUCGUAAGGUUGCAGAAACAGAUCUGGAAGUUCGGGGGCAAUGCUGGGUGAUGUCUGAGGGCAUUUCCUCAGUGGUGCUGAAGCUAUGGCUGUAUGUGUGGUGUUCCUGUGCUACCUCUGUGAUGUAGGAAACCUCCAGCCUCAAUUGUGUUGAAACAACCAGGUUACAUAUGAGCAGUUCAUAAAACUGGCCUCUCCCCAAGCCACUGCCCCUCUUUCUGGGAGCUGAGGCAAUGCCACUGUGGGAAGGAGCCGCACCACGGGUACCUUCUGUGUGAUGGAACUGUCUGAGAAGUAAGGUAAAGGUAAAGGACCCCUGGAUGGUUAAGUUCCUGUCAAAGGCGACUAUGGGGUUGUGGCGCUCAUCUCGCUUUCAGGCUGAGGGAGCCUGCGUUUGUCUGCAGACGGCUUUCUGGGUCAUGUAGCCAGCAUGACUAAACCGCUUCUGGUGCAAUGGGACACUGUGACAGAAGCCAGAGCACAUGGAAAUGCCAUUUACCUUCCUGCCGCAGUGGUACCUAUUUAUCUACUUGCGUUGGCAUGCUUUCGAAUUGCUAGGUUGGCAGGAGCUGGGACAGAACAAUGGAGCUCACCCCAUCACGGGAAUUCGAACCGCCGACCUUCUGAUCAGCAAGAGGCUCAGGGGUUUAGAAGUAAAAUCUUCCAUGCCACUCCAGAAAAAUCAACAGGGGAAGUCAGCAAGGGCAGCCAACUUGAGGAGGCUCAGGUUGAGGAGAGGGGUUUCCAUGCCCUUGCAUAACUGAGGCCAUUGAGGAGGAGGAGAAGGAAGAUAAAUUAUGCAAAAUGAGCACAUUUGCAUAAUUAAUGCAGGUUGCAUAAUCCCAGCAUUUCCCUCAGCAGAGGAAUCUAGCAGGGAAGACGCCCCCACCUCCUCCCUGCGUAUAAUCUUGCCCAUCCUGCUGCUUCCUUCCACCUUCCUUCCUCUUCUCCUCUGCCUCUCCUUCAACGAAGCCCAAUCAUUUUUUAUCUAUCCUAUCCAAUCCUGCCCUGUCCUCAUGUCUACCUUUAUAAGGUGGCAUCUGUCCAGCCUGUCAGCGAAAUUGGGAGCUUCCUAUUCUUAAGGGAAAGGAGAGACACACUGCACUCUGUUCGUCUUGUUCCAGCAGAGGAGACUAGAAAAGCCAGCGCAAAGGCUGCUUUUAUUUCUUUUUAUGGUUUCUAUGCCUUCGGGGCACACACUGCGGUCUUUCCACCCAAGCCUGUCUCUUCAGCUAGGAAGCAAAAAUGCUGGGUCUAUAUGUGCUUUCCUUUUUUGCCUGUCUCCUUAAACUCUCCCUCUCUCUCCUUCUUCCUCUCUCUCUCUCCCUUCCUCCCUCCACACACACACACACACACACACAGAAACUUAGGUUGUGUUAUGGUGAAGGAAGUUACAAAAACAAGGCACCAUCAUGACAUUAUAAAUAUAAUUGUACUUCUUUCACUCUUCACCCCACUGCUCCCAGACAAGCCUCGAGUGCUUGCAAAAACAGACACAGGUCUCCCUCAACCUGGUCUGCAGAGAGAAAUGAGAAAACGAUAAUUCAAAUUAAAAUGCUUUUAUAAGGAAGAGAGGAAAAAGAAAAAGGAAUGGCAAGGGAACGCAUCGUUGUUGUUUUUUGGGUGGGGGGUAUUCAAGGAAAGGAGCUCAUCUUCCCUUGCUAAGAACCUGUGAAUCCUUUUUAAUUUUAAAACAAUUAAUGUACUGUAUUAAAUUUCCCUGUGGCCAGUUAUAUGAGCCUUUCUUACGAAGGCCCAGUUCCUACGUGGCAGUGAUAUGAAACAGGGAUGCUUUCUCCAGGCUUUGCCAGUUCACGUGGCAGGACGCUGCGUGUUGGAACAUUCCCUCGCCUUGAAAUUCUCCCCGCAUGCAGAAAAUUAGUACUGAAAGGAGAAAGGCUCAGUCUAGCCUUCUCGCUGGCAGGCUAUAUCUCCACAUGCAGGGACUUUUCCCUUUCCCCCUGCCCCCGCACCAGGGGUAGAUCCAGGCAUGAAACCUGUGGCCCAGGAGUAGCCAGUGUGGUGCCCUCCAGACAUUGGGGAGGCAGGAGGGCCUCAACAGAUGAAAGAAACAACUGUGUACUGUAGUAGUGUGGAGGAGCGUUGCACUGCAAAAUGCUCCUGUUCGGGGUUCCAUUGAGCCAACCAUGUUCUCUUCCAGGAUACUCCAUUCCAUUCUUCCUGCCCUGAGUUUCCUCGUGUCCCUCCCCCAAUGCCACACACACACACAGCAUGCACAGUCCUCCUUGGGUUGUUUGGAGAUUUUGCUUUCUCUCUCUCACUUAGGCUCCCCCCUUCCCCGUAAAUAUUUUUUCGAAGACGUCUGCAAGCUUUGGGGGGCCCUGCUGAUACCUCCUUUUUUGCUUCUCACUCAGCGCUUGAGAUCAUUAUUCAAGGGAAUGAUUAGUCACAUAAGUCCUUAGGCAAUUUUAGGGGGCACACUAUACCUUCCCUCAGGGAUGGGAGUGGGUUUUAAGGACCCACCAAAGUCAGUGUUGUGGUGGAUGCUAAGGUUCCCUUGGUUCCCUUUCACAAAUGCAAAAUUUGGAGAUAUUUUUGUGACGGUACGGGGUACUGUCACCUCUUUCUCUGUUGCCCAUGACAGCCAUUUUGUACUAGAACCCAUGGCACUUUCAUCAAGAGAUGGGUACCGGCGUGAAAUAUCAGUAUCUAAAACAAAACCCCGCCAUUUUAGGAAUUGCUGUUUCAAACAAUGGCAUAAAAUCGAGUGGCCACAAAAACCUUCAUAACUACCCCCCCAUGCCUUUGUGGUUCCUUGCGCACUGAAAAUGGCUCCCUGUUCAGUGAGAGACACUUCCAUUGGGAAGGAAUCCCAUGUUCAUGGUGCUACGAUGCGCCCACUGAGGGCAGGAGAUCGUGGCUCCGGUGUUGACCUGAGCCCACAGGUAAUUGCAGGUAGGAUGAGGCAGUUAUUUAGACAUCCCCAUUUACAGCCUUAAUCACCAUCAUGAUUUAGAGCAGGGGUCAGCAGGGUUUAUCUUGCCUGGCCUGGAUUGGUCCCGCUGAGAUCCCUCCGUGGACUGGAUUGCACCCACACCCGCAAUUUCCGGUGUCUGCGUUGCACAGACGCGAUUUCCAGCACCGCGGAAGCGAGUCCCUGUGCUGCGCUGCGCCAGUUUAGUGCAGCGCAUGGCUCAGUUUGGGGGAGGCUUGUGGGCUGGUCAAACGACCUCCACAGGCCACUUCCGGCUCAUGGGCCUUACGUUGGUGACCCCUGAUUUAGAGCUUUGGUCAUCCCGAUAGCAUGGUCUCCUUUAGGCCGUUAAAAGCUCAAAACCAACACUUUGAAUUGUGCCCCGAAAUGAAUCGGUAACCAAUGCCAAGAUGGAAGAAUAUCAGAAUGUGUAGUAAGUCCCAGCUGCAAGUCUGGUAGCUGCAUUUCAGACCAAUGGCAUCUUCCGAACGCAUGUCAAAGGCAGCCCCACAUAGAGGGCACAAAGAAAGCACUGGGGAAGAAGCACAUGCAUCUUGAAAGCAGCUAAACAGCACUGCAACCAAGUAGGCCCUGGAUCCUUGAAGGAUACGGUCAAAUACUAAAUAUUAAUAUAUGCAAAUAAAUGGCAGAGAGAUAGACUUAAGACUAUUCAGUUAAAUGUUUCAGCUUCCACCUUUUUUAUUUGGGAUUUCAAAAUCCAGACUGUGCUGCUGAGGAAGGCAGAAACAGAAAUGUGUAACUGUGAAGACUUCAAGUUACCUCUUUUUGGACAUUCACUCAUUUACAUAUGUUACCUAAACAUUUCUCUGAAAUAGGGAUGGGGAACCUCUGGCCCUCCAGAUACUGAGGGACUACAACUCCCAUCGCUCCUGAUCAUUGGCCGUGCUGGUAGGGACUGAUGGGAGUCCUGCAACAUGUGGGGAGCCACAGGUUGCCCAGCCCUGCUCUAAAAGGUAAUAAAACUUUGACAUGAAUAAGAAUGCAAAGGUAACUCACAUGUAUCACGGCUUCUCCAUGUGAGCCUGGAAGUGACCUCUCCAGACAACAGAACAACUCUUUUUCCUUUUAUCUCUGGAAGCUGCGAUCUCCUUGUUGACGCAGACGCCAUUAGACUAUUGAAUGUGUACUCUAUGUCUGUUUCCCUCCCUCCCACUCAUCCCCUCUGUGUGGCCCUGGGCACUGGCAACCCACAGUAUGCCACUGAUUCCUCCUAGCCAUGUUGGCUGGGGCUGAUGGGCGUUAUAACCCAACACCUUAUAGAGGGCAGCACAUUGGCCACACCUGGUUUAGGCCAUACAAUGUGAUUAUUUUGCAGCAGCAUCUCUGUCUCUGAUUUUUAUUAUAGCCGUGCCAAACACUCUUAAAAUGCAGUGGGUCGUGGGUAUCUUAUCAGUUUGUUUAUUUUGCAAUUCAAAUCUUCGCCUUUGCUGCGAAUCCUGUAGUUCCCCUGCCUGAAAUCUCUUUCCUCCCCUCAUUGAGGCUUUAAAUCCUGUCUCGGGAACACGAUCCACCAUGGAAGUUCUCCUGCCCAAGACUUGUUGAAAUGAAUGAGAUCUAUGCAAGAGCAGGGGGCUUUCCUGGUGGAUCCAGUCUCCCUGGGUCACCCCUUCUACUCUGCUGCCCUUUAUGGCAUCCUAAAGACGUCAUUGGAUUGCUUACAGUCUAGCUUCAUCUAGGAUUCAGGGAAUUUAUCUGGGAUUUAGGAUCACGGUUCCUAAAAUAAGAAUGUGGAUUGUAUGUGGGGUAGUGGUGGCGGAGACUUAUUUUUGUCGAUGGGAGUCUGGAGGUGCAACUGCAUAGAAUUUGCAAUGUUUUUCCGGGAGGUGGGGGGUGGGAGGAGAAGCUGGUUGAGGAACCCACACACAGGGAGAAAGAGAGAGAAAUCUCAGCCUGCUAUCUGGGUAAGAGAGCCGUAGAGGCAGAUAGAUUUUUAUAUAACCGGUGAUAGCGCUGUCACUGCGUGCUCCAAACAAUAGAGCUAGCUGGAGAGGCAGAAUUAUAUAAAACCCCUAUCUGUCGGUCUCUGUGUUGCCUUGUGUGUUUAGAGAAAUCUAGAUCUUUGUGGAAAGGCCCGUCUCUCAUGUGACCAUUUCUAAAGAGACAGAGAGAUGGGGUUACCUAAAGUAAUGAGCUGCUGUGACCUGCAAAGCUCUGCUUUCCGGAAAUCGUAGGCUGUGGCCUAAAAUGCCUUUGAAAACAGGAUUGGGACCCAAAGGCAACUUUGCCCCUUUGAACAUAAGAAGAUUCCCUUUCCCCCUAUAUACAGUCAGAUGAUUUGUCCCUCUAGUUUCCAACUGGCUAGAGCUAAUGGGAGUUGUAGUAUGAAACAUCUGGUGGGCACCCAGCUGGUGAAGGCUGUAUUAGUUCCAUGUUGUCGGCAUGCCCUCAGAGGCAGAGGACUUUCCCGGCACCUGUUGGCUAAGACACCUUUAUAAUUGGUGGUGACAAUGGAUUGAGCCUGAGGCAUUCUCUGGAGACCACCUGUGGUGCUUACAGGCCAACCUCAUGCUCCAUCUAUCUAUCUCACUGGGUGAGAUAUAGGUAGGUAGAUAGAAAGAUAGAUAGAUCCGCACCUUCUCUGAAAUCCUAGUGAUAAAGGAAAGGAUUUAAUUUGAGCCCGAUUCCUGUCAGGCCAUACAGACCCAGAAGCAAAAGGUCAAAUGCCAAGGAACACACAGAAUAAUAUUCAAGAAGGGAAUGCAGGCAUACAGAUCACCCCCCUUUCCCUCCCUCCCUCCCUCUCUUGCAACUGAGUAACUACAUCUGCCCAUUGUGCAUCUGGGAUUUGGGAAUGCAGCUUCUAGGUCAAGCUGGAGCUCUGACACGUCUUUCUUUAAAAAAAGAAAGAAAUUAGGUACAAUAUCAAGACACAUCCUUCUGUAUGUUGCGCGCGCUCUCUCUCUCUGUGUUUGUGUGUGUGUUUAAAGCCUUUCUAGGUGUUGUUUAACAGCAGAACUGGAAUAAGGGCUAUGACCUGAACUUAAGAAAGUACAAGACCUUCUAUAACACAGCACUUUCCCAACCACAACUAUGCUUAGGGCACAUCUCUGCAUGACCCCUCUUUGAGGAAGGGCUGUAGCUCAGUGAUUGAGCAUCUGCCUUGCACAGAGAAGGUCUCGGGUUCAAUCCCCAGCAUCUCCAGGUAGGGAUUGGAUAGUCUCCAGCCCUGAAAACUUGUAGAGCCGCUGUCAAUCAGUGUAGAUAAUACUGAGCUAGGUGGACCAAUUAUUUGUUGGUUUAAUUGGGUAAAAGAAAAAGAAAAAGACAUGGUAGAAUAAAAGGGAAAUUCCCUGGGUGCCUAGAUCCAGGUUUGGGGCAAGUACUCGUUAGUGAGAGUCCCCCAGCAGAGCUUUAAAAUCACAAAACAGUCAGCAAAGUAAAAUGUGUAAAUAGGGGCUGUUAGACAUUUGAAUAUCCCUUUCUAAGUUGCUUCCAAAGUUCCUCACUUCCUUUAGCAGACAAAGAGAGCCCACGUGUAGUAUGUUAAAAAUGGGUUACUUACAGAUGCUUCAAAGGUCAGAUUCAUGUGUUAUUCCAUACAACAGCAAUAAAAGACUGGUAGUGUAACUUAGGAAUCUUGCAGUUGGUAGGCAUACCUGACAACGAUCAUCUGCCUCUGCUGAGAUACCUUCAUCCAUGCAAACAAGUACCCAAGAAUGACGGGGGCCUUCUUGCUUGUAUGAACUGAUCCUUAUAUCAAGUUAUGCUAUCAGUCCAGUCAGUGUAACCAAUCAGACCACUAGGUGUUCCUGGAACAGGGUGCAAGGUUUCAAACCAUGUUCUACAGGAUGGAUUCCAAGAGUUCCCAACUUCAGUGCCGUUUCAUCAGCACUCCUGGUUUCCAUUCGAAUGCGGUGCCCAUUUGGGUGGCAACUGAUGACCUGGCAAAUAAUGUGUUAUCCUUUAGAGAUGCCAGGUGUGGAGUAUCUCAAAUUUCAGUCCUGACCAGGAAAGGUCCUAGAACAGAUAAUUAAACAGUGGGUCUAUGGGCACUUAGAAAAGGAUGCUUCGAUUUCUCAAAAACAAGUCAUGCCAGACAAGUCUCAUUUCUUUUUUUGAAAGGGUUACAAGCUUGGUGGAUCAGGGGAAUGCUGUGGAUGUAGUGUAUCUUGAUUUCAGUAAAGUCCCCCAUGAUAUUCUUGUGGAGAAGCUGGUAAAAUGUGGGCUGGAUGAGAUAACUGUUAGGUGGAUUUGCAGCUGGUUGACUGACCAAACCCAGAGAGUGCUCACUAACGGUUCAUUGUCAUCCUGGGGAAAAAGUGAAAAUGUGGGGUGUCACUGGAUUCUGUCCUGGGCCUUUGUUGUUCAACAUAUUUUUAAACAACUUGGAUGAAGGUAUUGAGGGGAUUUGCAGAUGACACCAAGAUAGGAUAGGUAGCUAAUGCUUGAAUCGGGAUUCAAGAUGACCUUAGCAGAUUGGAGAACUGGGCCAAAACUAACAAAAUGAAUGUUAAUUGAGACAAAUGCCAGGUUCUACACUUAGGUAGGAAGAACUAAUGGCACAAAUAUAAGAUGGGGACCCAUGGCUUGCCAUUAGUACAUGUGAAAAGGAUCUAAGGGUCUUAGUAGUGUAAAGGUAAAGGUACCCCUGCCCGUACGGGCUAGUCUUGACAGACUCUAGGGUUGUGCGCUCAUCUCACUCUAUAGGCCGGGAGCCAGCGCUGUCCGCAGACACUUCCGGGUCACGUGGCCAGCGUGACAAGCUGCAUCUGGCGAACCAGUGCAGCACACGGAACGCCAUUUACCUUCCCACUAGUAAGUGGUCCCUAUUUAUCUACUUGCACCCGGGGGUGCUUUCGAACUGCUAGGUUGACAGGCGCUGGGACCGAGCGACGGGAGCGCACCCCGCCGCGGGGAUUCGAACCGCCGACCUUUCGAUCGGCAAGUCCUAGGCGCUGAGGCUUUUACCCACAGCGCCACCCGCGUCCCCAUAGUAGUGUAACAUGAGUCAACUGUGAUAUAGCAGCAAAAAAAAGUGAAUGCUGUUCUAGACUGGGCUGUGUCAAUCUAGUAUCCUGAUCAAAAGGAGGAAUAGUGCCGCUUUCUACUGUCUUGGUCAGACUACAACUGUGUCCAGUUCUGAGCACUACAAUUUAAGAAGGAUAUUGAUAAGCUGGAAUGUGUGCAGAGGAGACCGACCAAGAUGAUCAAGGAUCUGGAAACCAAGCCUUAUGAGGAAUGGUUGAGGGAACUAUGUUUAGCCUGUUAAAAAAAGGAGAAUGAGAGGAUUGUUGUUGUUUAGUCGUUUAGUCGUGUCCGACGCUUCAUGACCCCAUGGACCAGAGCACGCCAGGCACUCCUGUCUUCCACUGCCUCCCGCAGUUUGGUCAAAUUCAUGCUGGUAGCUUCGAGAACACUGUCCAGCCAUCUUGUCCUCUGUCAUCCCCUUCUCCUUGUGCCCUCAAUCUUUCAAUGAUAGCCAUCUUCAAACAUCUGGAGGAUGGAGCAAGCUUGUUUACUUCUGGUUCAGAGGUUAGGACCAAUUGAUUCAUGUUACAAGAAAGGAGAUUCCAACUAAACACCAGGAAGAACUUUCUGACAGUAAGAGCUGUUCGACAGUGGAAUAGACUCCCGCAAGCUGUGGUGAACUCCCUUGGAGGUUUUUAAGCAGAGGUUGGGUGGCCAUCUGUCGUGUAUGAUCUAGUUGUGAUUCCUGCAUUGCAGGAAGUUGGACUAGAUGACCCUCGGGGUCUCUUCCAAUGAUUCUAUGAUUCUAUCCUGCCACUCAAAUGGCAAUAUUCAGAUGUGAGCAGGAAGCAAAGUCUGUUGCUCUUGUACCAUUAUUUCUCUGACUCUGUUGUUGACUCACAGCAUCCUUUUCUUAUACAUAGCAAGGGCAAUACAAAGUGAUUUCCCACCUCCUGAGGCGAUCUGGUAUUUUUGAUAUAUAAUCAAAUCACAACUGAGAAAAGAGGAAAAUGGCCUAGCCCCCUUUCUGGCAACUGGCCUGAAAGCAAAAGAACCUUAUUUUUCUGGCAGUCUUACAUGCAACAUGUCUCUAUUUGUAAGAGCCAGCUCUGCUGCAAUGUUUAUCAUCAAGAACGCAAAUGGACUUGAAUAUUUGCUUCCUCUUUUUCCCUUCCUUUCUCCUCUUAGUUUUUUAACGUAUUGGGUUUCUUUAGAUUGUAAAUAUUUGUUUGUUUGUUAUUGUAAGAAUUUUAUGAGCACUACAGUUUGAACUGAUUAACAAGGAAAUAUCAGUGUGUGUGUGUGUGUGUGUGUGAGAGAGAGAGAGAGAGAGAGAGAGAGAGAGAGAGAAGGCAUCAGUGCCAGGGCUCAGUCCUUGAAACAUGGGAAUUAACAGUGGUAACACAUAACCCUUCGGUGAUACUGGGUGACUGGCUGUUAUUUAUUUAUUUAUUUAUUAGUUAGUUAGUUAGUUAUGAGUUAGUUACUUGCCCUUCACUCUGAGGUCUCAGGGGGCAGGUCAUAACCACUGAAAAUGCAACAUUAAAAACAACAUUAAAAACUUAAAAUCCUGAAGAAUACAAUCACUAAAAUAUACAUGCAUCUCAGGUGUCAAAGACCAGUGUAAAGAGGUGUGUCUUCAGUAUUCACUGAAAAUUGUAUAGUGAAGUUACUAGAUCCACCUCUGUAGUGGGGGAGCUCAACAGCCUAGGGGCUAGUCCUAAAGAAUGCCCUCUCCCAGGCUUAUGCCACCCAAGUUUCUGAACCACCAAGAGGAACCCCUCUGUUGAUCUUGGCACCUGAGAGGGUCUGUAGGGAAGGGGGCGGUCUUUCAGAUAUUUGGGUUGGGGCCACAGUCCUUAGGACUUUAAACACUCAACAUUAACACCUUGAAUGGGCCCAGAAACAAACUGGCAAGGAAUGUGGCUGUUUUAAAACAGGGGUUAUAUGUGAUCUAAAUGGAAACCCAGCCAGGAAUCUGGCGGCUUAAUUGGAGCCAAUUGAAGUUUUGAGUUAUCUUCAAGGGAAGCCCCAUGUAGAGUGCCUUGAGUAAUCCAAUAUGGAUGUAACCAGAGCAUGGACUACAGUGGCAGAGUCAUUUCUGUCCCAAAGGGGCUGUAGCUGGCAAACCAAUCAGAACUGGAAAAACACCCUCCUAGCCCUCGAGCCCUCCUGCAUGAUCAAUUAAAUAUCUGGAUUGUAGCCCAAGGGAAAAAGCUAGGAGGCCACUUCCUGGACAGGCUGACUCAGAGACAUGUGCUUCCACUGCCCAAAAGUGGUAGAAUGUCUGGAACAGGCUUUACAAAAUUAGGCUCUUUUGGAGAAAACUAUGAAACUUAUGGGACACGGGUGGCUCUGUGGGUUAAACCACAGGGCCUAGGACUUGCCGAUCAGAAGGUCAGCGGUUCGAAUCCCCGUGAUGGGGUGAGCUCCCAUUGCUCAGUCCCUGCUCCUGCCAACCUAGCAGUUCGAAAGCACAUGAAAGUGCAAGUAGAUAAAUAUGUACCGCUCCGUUGGGAAGGUAAACGGCAUUUCUGUGUGCUGCUCUGGUUCGCCAGAAGCGGCUUAGUCAUGCUGGCCACAUGACCCGGAAGCUGUACGCCGGCUCCCUCGGCCAAUAAAACAAGAUGAGCACCGCAACCCCAGAGUCGGCCACGGCUGGACCUAAUGGUCAGGGGUCCCUUUACCUUUUUACCUUUACCUUAUGAAACUUAUAGUGAGUUGUAUCCAAAGUACAUCCAUUAAAAUUUUAAUGGCCUUAAGUUAGUCACAUCCAUUCCUUUCAGUGAGUCUACACUGGAUGCAACCUAGUGCAGGAAUCUUUUGGCCCUCCAGAUGUUGCUGAACUGCAACUCCCAUUGUCCCUGGCUGUGGCCAGGCUGGCUGGGGAUCAUGGGAGUGGCAGCUCAUCAACAACUUUAGGGCCAAAGGUUCCUUACGCCUGACCUAGCGUCUCUGUUGGCAUCUGUUUGUCUCUAGAGAAUGCGCCUCCAGGGUUGAAGUCAAACUACUGCAUUAGCAGCACUGAAAUGACCUGUCUGGGGUACAAGCAUGGGCAGUGUGUAUGGCGGUCCUGGGCUGCCCAAAUGACCCCCUCCCUCGGUCUCGCGGAUGUGGCCCAAAGCAGCCCAGAGCAAUAGGUUUGGCACCAGCUUGGCUGCAGGAAUGGACGGAAGGAGGCAUGCAGGGCACUGUCCAACGCCCUCCCAUCAGAUGUCAAAGAGAUAAACAACUACCUGACAUUUAGAAGACAUCUGAAGACAGCCCUGUUCAGGGAAGUUUUUAAUGUGUGACAUUUUGAUGUAUUUUUAAUCCUUGUUGGAAGCCGCUGGGGAAACCCAGCCAGAUGGGCGGGAUACAAAUAAUAAAUUAUUAUUAUUAUUAUUAUUAUUAUACAAGGCACCAUCCAACCAUCUUAGGGACUCCACUCCUGAUUUUUGUAGGGUUUACUCCUGAGACUUUUCUUCUGAAGAUAUCCCAAAAGGCAGCAGAGGUUUAGGAUCAGAGUUUCCCUUAUCCUAGAUGGGCUACUUUCCCAGGUGAGGAGCCCCAUAUGCUCCUUACUUCCCUCUACAGCACGUGCAAAGUCCCUAACAUGCCAAGGGUUUGAGACCCAUCAGCUAAAGCUAUUGAUUUUAAAUGUACAUGUUGACCAGGUGUUACAGGUGUGUGGGCAUGCUUGUUCACUGAGAGAUCAUCGCCGAAGGUCCUCCAAAGUCUCAGAACUGGCUUUUCCCUCUAGAUACCUUCUAGCAGUUUUGCCAACCACCUCCAUCCUCUCUCUCCUCAAAUCCAGGUGUCUCCUGUGCCCACUUUAACCCAAAUUGUUUCCAGCCCGUGCUCAGGCAGGUGGGUGUGAGUCAUAUUUCAAAGUAGCUUUUUCAGCAGCCUAACGGCCCAUCAAUGACCACUCCAAGUGACUAAGACUCAUCAGGGCCAGGGAGGUGUGCAGAUGACGUUUGCUUCAUGCUGAGUCAUCGAGCCCACUACUAUCUAAUCUUGACUGGCAGUGGCUCUCCAGAGUUUUAGAAAUGUGCCUUUCUCAGCCCUUCUGCUUGCAAGUAUUUUGAAUCGAAGAAAUCAGGGAUUGAACCUGCAGCCUUCUGCAUGUGAAGCAUAUUGUCCACCACGGAGCCGACGUCCCACCAUUCCAAAUAGGUCAGUGUAGCUACAGUACAAGACAUUUUUUUAGUAUGCCAUUAGCCCUGCUUUGAGCAGCAAACAUACCAAAGAUAGGUGGGUGCAUUUCAAAUGAAAAUCAGUAAUGCAUUCCAGGUUUGUAAAUUGCAAAAUACGUUGACAAAGUCCUUCUGUUGAUCUCCCGUUGAAAUAGAUUCUUUUACCCAGAUGUCUUGAAAAUGAAAUUGAAAUCUGAUUCCUCCUUUUUUCUCUGGUUCUCCACUGCCCUCUAAUAACUCUUUGCUCUCCAGACAACCUUCCAUAGGGGACUAGAUUUGAUACCCUCUGGGUGUCUGGAGAGAGAAAGAGCUUUCUCCCCUUGAAAGGCAAGGCAGAUGACUGGGAAAUAAUAUUUCAGAACACCAGAACAGACAUUUUUUCAUAAUAAUGGUUGUUUCAGAGAGAAAGAGGGGCUGUGCAAGCUUCCUCUGGAGAGCUGCGUAUAAUAGCAUUAUCUCUGGGGAUUCAAGCUUUACUCUGCUUAAUUGGCAGAUUAAUCAACUCCUGCUUUAGUUGAUUAAAACUGCCCCCCACCCGAUUAUUCAGGGAUGGUAAAUUUUAAGUGGUUGGACUUAGGAGCAGAUGCAUUUGUUUUUGAAAACUGCGUGGUACUUGGGCUUCCCUGACCAAUGAAUGAAAUAGCGAAGGCAAAAAUGGCCUCUGUGAGUUGUGACUUCUGUUUACGAUUGAGCAGAUAACCAUAUUGAAUUGAUUGCAAGUGAUAUGCUGAUUUACUUUUCUUCGGCAAAUUUGCCAGUUCUGUUGAUUCAACCACUACAGAUUCUUCCCAGUGACCGACAGCGCUGAUUAUAUGGAAUUUUUUUAAAUGAAGUUCUGAUUUGUUGGAAGUAGGGGGUGGGAGAGAGAGAGGGAGAGAGCGAGAAAAAACAAUUUUUGAUUCCAAUCUGAUCACAUAUGAUAGAAAAUGGGCACUGACUUAGACCAACAGGCUUUCCAGUGGUUAAUGGCAAGUGCGACCAAAGUUAUCUUCCUUCCUGAAGUAGCCGAAUGGUGCUGUGCCCCUCGGUGUCCCUACCCCCAAACUAGGAUUAACACUUUAAAAACUCUUGCUUUACUGCUCAGACCCCAGUUCCUGCCUUCAUUGAUCACUCCAUCGCCCGUCCUCCCUGGCCAGACCCUGGCUCAGGACGGCUAACAUCAAAAUAUAAAUGUAUAGGAUGCUUCCUCCCCCCAACAAAGAAAGGGGAACCAGGGUUCAAGGAUGCCCGGAUGCCGUUAAGACUGAGGGCCCCCAGCAAGGUCUGGUCAUAAGAGGAAGGCCUUCAGCCCAUGCUCAGAGAAUUUUACCUCUUUAUGAGAACAUGAAUAUUCAGGGCUGACUUUGGAAGCAAUUAUGGAGCCACGAUUAAGCUCUCGACAAAAGCUCCGGCUCAGUUUAAGAUGUGUUUUUCAGUUGCUUUUAUUGUCUUAUCGCUUCUUGUUUGACCCUGGGCUCCUUUGGGAUAUAUUGUUGUUGUUGUCAAUCACUUCUGUUUUGUACAUACACGUCUAUCUGUCCUUCCCCUCACCUGCUCUCCUUCCAUUCAUCCCUCUGCCGUUAUAUACAAUCCUGUGUUCCAUCAGGCAUUUAUAUGCUGCUCAGUCAUUUGCAUUUCUGUGCUGUGUGCAUAAAAUAAACCACGCAGAAUAAACCAACAACAUUAUCCUAAAAUGAAAACAGAAACCCAAACCUGACCUUAAAAUGCCUUCUGGAAUAAAGGCGCCAUUGUCAUGAGUCUGAGGUUCAGCAAGAAGGGGGUCUCUCCCAUCUCACUUAGGUGCACCAAUCCUACCCUUCCUGUCUUAUAUAUUAAUAGCAAAGGUUCUCUGAGCAUGGAUCCCCUUUGCUGUCAAAAUGGUGCCAUUCACACCGAAGGGCUUCAGCACAACUGGGGUGGGGGGAUCCCUGAAGUUUCCAGCACUACGGAAAGCUUCUAGAAUAAAACCCCUAAGGGUGGUUUUCAUCCAACUGGUACUCUCCACAUGUUCUGGACUACAAUUCCCAUCAGCCUCAGCUACCAGGGCCUGGAACAUUUGGAGGUCACCAAGUUUGUGAAGGCUGCGUUAAGGGGAAACACAAAUGCACACACAGCUCAGUAAAGUCUGGGCAUGCUCAGUGGGCACGAAAUGGUACAGUGAGGAAAACAGAAAACCAGGGUGGGGUAUGGAAUGGAAUCUCCCACAGGAGGGCAUGGCCGGCUGGAAUUCUGACGGGGAGUGUGCCACGCUGCAACAUUUUGCUGCAGGAGUCACUUGUGCCCUGCUGCAUUCUGUGGGGUUUCUUCAGUAGCAAGUGUGUUUAGAACUGCAGCCACCCGCAAUUGUUCUCCCUGGCGCUACCCCCUUCUUUCUCGGCAUUGUUGAAAUAUUGCUUGCCAGCUCAUUAUUCAUAUCUCUCAUCCCUGUCUGUCUCCAGCUCCAUCUAUCCAUCAGUCUCCUAGCAAAUAUCUCUCUGCCCAAACCUGUCCCCAUAAAUACUGCUUUGUCUCCGCAGCCCCAUGAACACACACACACACACACACACACACACACACACACACACCCUACUGAGUCUGAUGGUCUCCUCUUCUCCAUUACUUUCCUCCACCUGCAUCCAAAGAUUAAGCAUUCUGUUGGGAUUCCUCCCUUCCUCCCUCCCCCCCCCCCAGCUAGUCAGAUCGGAGGUUGCUCCUCUUGCAAUAUAGUGGGAGCCCGUAUUUGCACGGGGUGUGGAUGUAUUCCUAGGGCUGGAAUACCUGCAUUUCCCUUCCCCAAAAACAGCUGCAAUGCAGGAAUGAUUGUGUGAGUGGUGGAGACGGACGUGGGCUUUGCUCGCCGUGUCUCUCGUUCGCUCCCUGGUUCUUUUUUUCUUCCAAUUUCCAGCAAAUGCUAUAACUCAUGUCAGCCAGGGUGGUUUAUGGGCUGCAGGCGGGAGGCUGGGCUGCAGUGGGGUGAGAGGUGACGUGGGGCUCUGAAGUGCUGGCUUAAGAAAGCUAGAUCUCUCUCUCUCUCAGAUGGUUUAAGCGAAACCAGGAUAUAUAUAAAUAUCUGCAACCAAGUUAUCCGUGCUUGGACUCUGUCAGGCAACAAGAAAAAAUGUUAUUAGUUAUGAUUAAUUGCAAGCGUAAUGUCCUGCACCUCCCUGCAAGUCUGUCUGCCUGUCGGUAUGAGUUGGAGAGUUACCAGUGGAAGCUGGGAAGGAGAGGCAGGUGAUAGAAAGGGUUGCCAGAUCUCCAGGUCUGAGCUGAAGUCUCCAGGUUUGCCCGGCCCCUUGCGGGCAAGAGGUAUAAUAAUAAUAAUAAUAAUAAUAAUAAUAAUAAUGUACAUGCAGCUUUCAAGCUGCAGCCCCACAGGAGCUAGCUGCAAAUAAUAGCAUAGAAACUCUGGGGAGUGGGCUGUCUGCCUUCCUCUGCUCCCCUCUCCCAAUUAACCUCCGUCACCAGGACACCCCCCCAUGUGACAUCACUAGGGGCUGGUUUGGCCCUGAAAUCUCAGGGUCUGGGAUUCUCCUGACCUGCAACCAUGGUGGCAAAUGAUGUUAGGGGCUGUGGCAACCAGAGCCAGUGAGGUCUAGUGGUUAGUGUUGGUCUAGAAACUAGAUGAGGGCUCAAGUCCCUGCAUUAAGCUCAGUGAGUGACCUUGAGCCAGCCACGGUCCCUCAGCCUAACGUACCCCACACGGUUUUUGUGAAGCUGAAAUGGGGAGGAAGAGAAGCAUGUGAACUACCUUGAGCUCCUUGGAGGAAAGGUACAGUAUAAAUGUAAUAAAUAAUAACAAAUAAUCUUCCACCCAAGUGGGAAUUCUCUCCCCUUACCUCUCAGUACCCUUUUCUCCUAGGAACUAUACUGGGAAAUGCCACAACUUUAGGAAUCCAUUGUGCCUUUGGGACAUCAGUAGCUAUUCGCCCAAUCCCCUCACACCUAUUUGCAUGUCUAGGGCAAAACCUACUGUAUUAUAAUGGGCCUUGAAGCAAAGGGUUGAGAAGGAGCAUAUCCCCACCCCUCCACCCCCGUUCAGCCUGGACACUGAGGUCCAGUGCCGAGGACCUUCUGGCAGUUCCCUCACUAUGAGAAGUGAGGUUAAAGGGAACCAGGGAACCUUCUCAGUAGUGGCACCCGCCCUAUGGAAGACCCUCUCUUCAGAUGUCAAGGAAAUAAACAACUAUCUGACUUUUAGAAGACAUCUGAAGGAAGCCCUGUUUAGGGAAGCUUUUUAUGUUUGAUGUUUUAGUAUGUUCUGAGAUAUGCUGUGAGCUGCCCAGAGCGGCUGGGGAAACCCAGCUAGAUAGGUGGGGUAUAAACAGUGUUUUUUUCUGGGGGGACGCAGACCCCUAAACAGUUUUUGAAUCUUAGUACUUUUGCCCAAUUACUGUAACCCCCCCAUUUGAACUAUAAAAUUGUGGUUUUCUAGAGUCAAAAUAAGAGUACCCCUAAACAAUUUUUUUAAGGAAAAAAAGCUCUGGGUAUAAAUACAACAACAACAACAACAACAACAAUUUUGCUUCAGGAUAAGAACAUACAAGUAUAUACAGAGGUACGGAGUGAUCAGCAUUUGCUUGCUUGCUCAACAACAGCUGUCUUUGUGGCCGCAUAUCCAUACACACUAACAUUUACCAGACAUUUUGCUAGAAUGAAAUACAGUAGUACUUCGGGUUAAUAAGUUAAUUUGUUAUCGAGGUCCGUUCUUAACCAGAAGCUGUUCUUAACCUGAGGUACCACUUUAGCUAAUGGGGCCUCCCGCACCACUGCCACGCGAUUUCUGUUCUUAUCCUGAAGCAAAAUUCUUAACCUGAGGUACUAUUUCUGGGUUAGCAGAGUCUGUAACCUGAAGUGUCUGUAACCUGAAGCGUCUGUAUCCCGAGGUACCACUGUAGUGCCAUUGAGCACAUCUAGCUCCCCAUGCAUCUGGGGUUUUCUGGAAGGUUUCUGGGUUAAAGGGUAUCACACCUAAUUUAGGCUUGCACCCCAGAACCUCUCACUUUGGAUAUCAAGCAGUGGACACACCAGUGGAUACGAGGAACAACUGCCAAAACACACCCAAUUCCCCCUCUCCCAUUGUUAUGCUGCCAUUUUGAGAAGAACAAACAUGGUCUUUUCUGCAACUGCACCAUCUCCAAAUGCCCUGUCUCGCACCCAGACACAGCCCUGUUCUUUUUGAAGGGACAUGCGAAGGGGAAGCGUGCAAUUGCACGCUCCGCAAGUGCGCUGCCACGCACCCUGGCGUGCGCAAUCUUGUCACAAGAGCUGCUUUGAUCUAGUGCUAUAGCAGAUCCCGCAUGGGGUUGCUUGCAGAAAACUGACAAUGUAUGAUAACGUAUUGGGGAGGACAGUGGCUAAAGCGGAAAUCUCCCCCUACCACACACAAUGGGUCACAUCUCCAGAAAUGCCCUCACAAAGAACAGCGAUCAAAGGGGGCACUAUGCAAUAAAAGGUAAAUGCCUCAAUAUAACCCAGAGGAGAAAAGCACCACUUCAUCACCUUUUGACCUGAUGCUGGCUGGCAAGAGAUUGCUAAAUAAUUUCUGUAUAACACAGCCUCCUUCAGUAUCGCCUUCAUAGAAUAUUCCUAGGCAAGUUCCACCUCCUUUUUGUUUAAGCAGCAACUUUCAGACUUUGGGGAGCCCUUUGCCUUUCCAGAAACCCCUUUCUGUAGGACAAGGGAUACGUCUGAGAUGUUGCAAAGAAAUCUCAAGCAUAUUACAGGGUGAGCUCCUGCAGGAUGGCUUUUGUUGUGUUGCUUGCAUCAAAAUUAGCAAGUACAUACAAAUUAAUUCUAUGUAAUCAUAUAAUGCCUCAUAAGAACCAAGUUUAUCAUCUUUAUCUCAUUCCACACUCUCAUUGAGGAAAUUCUGGUGCACUCCUGAAUGCUGGGAAAUAAAUGGAGAAAACCAUUUAAUCCUGAAGUCCCACAUUUGUGGGAACUAUGAAGAAAAAUGGCUGACUGCCUGAAUUCAAAAAAGUAUGUUCAGGGCUUGACUCCCCUUUAGCCGAAACAGCCCCCAGCAGAGUUUAAAACACUGUUCUAUGCGGUGUUUGCAAAGUGUGGGAAAUAUAGGUUGCUAUAGGUCUAAAUGUCCCAGUAUUAAGCUCUUAAAAUGUGUUCCCUCUACCUCUCUUGGAGUGAAUAGACCACAAACUUUAGUAAGUUUAAAUGCUUUACUUACAGAUCUCACUCAUGCAUUGUUCAAUGCUGCAGCUGAAACAACACAGGCCAGGUAUUAUUGGUUGCAAAAUACAAAAAGUAUCUUCAAACAUGGAGUCUGGGCAUGGAGCGCACCCAUCUCAUGUGUCUGCUCAGCUUACAUGGUUCAAAUAGUGGAGGGAGGGAGAGGGAGAGGGAGAGGGAGAGGGGGAGAGAGAGAGAGAGAGAGAGAGAACGGAGCAGGAAACAUCCCUUACUUCCUCUCCCCUUGGAAAGAGGGGAUGUGACAUCACAGUCUAAUCUAGUAGUUUAGAACUCUGUGGUCCUUAACCCCUUCACAUACUAACUAGCAUAGAUGUGCAUUGUUAGCUUUGACUGCAAAAACUCCCACACUGAAAAACCCCUAAGUAUCCUAAAAGACAGUUUGAAAGUGGAAGGAAGGAAGGAAGGAAGGCUUCUUUGUUUUUAAAUGGCUUGGUAAAAACAGUCAGCUGUAUAACAGGAACUGUUUUCUAGCAUUCAGAGUAGACUUUACCGGUGGGCACCAGGUCUUAUCAUGAGUAGCUUCAACUUCCUGCUUUGGGACAUUGUUGGGAAAGGACCAAAUCUCUUCUUUGCCUGGAGAAAGGCCUAGGACUGGGAGAGACUUCUGCCUGAAACUUUCGAGUCCCACUGCCAGUCUGUAUAAACAGCACUGAAGUAGAUGAACCAAUGAUCUCACUUGUCAUAAGGCAGCUGCCUAUGUUCCAUUAAAGACAGGCAAAUCUCUGGCUGUUCCAUACCCUCCAACAUUUCUUUGAUGAAAAUAAAGAUGUUGCCUCCAACAUUUCUCCAAUGAAGAUAGGGACGUUCUAAGGAAAAGCGGGACAUUCCGGGAUCAAAUCAGAAAUCGGGGCAGCUUGUGUAAAUCUGGGACUGUCCAUGGAAAAUAGGGACACUUGGAGGGACUGCUGACCCCCCUCCCCGCAGGGUGCCAGUUAGAUUUUUCCACCUUGGGUCCAGAAAUUUACUUAUUUACUAAUUUCCUUACAUUUACAUCCUACCUUCCUUCCAUCAUAGAACCCUGUGGUUUCCAUGAAAUCUUCCAUUCAGACGCUGGUGGCCUUGAGACCCAAACCCUGCAGCCAUUUCAGACCAGACUGAAAUGGGCUUGCCUGCUGGUGGUUUGCAGUGGCCUUAGAGCAGCCUAUUUUUGUGAAAGUUUCUCCCCCACCUUGACUGAGGUACUUUGGUGGCCGACGGAACCAGGCACGUUGCCUCUGUGCCUGCCUGCCACCAGGAGGUCGCAGGAAGGUGUCACUGCGGUCCAGGAACAAGCAAUGGAGACAGGUGCAAGCUCCUCUGUCGCAAGCAGCCAAACUCAUUUCUCAACCUCUUGGCUAGAGCACAAUCUCCGCCUCCUACCACCGCCAUCCAUUUCCAUUUCUCAUUCCACUGUUGUUCUCAUCACUUUGCAUCUUUUGCUCUUUCUCUCUCUGUCUCUCUUUUUUUAAAAAAAAACAAACCCAAAAUAAAAAUAGUUAUGCAGCACUUGCUGUCAGGAAACCUGUCAGGAGAACGCACCACCCCCUUUGCUGCACUGUAGCCCUGCCUUAAUGAGGAUAUUCUGCCUGUCUAAAUGGCUGUGGGGGGCGGGGGGAGAUUUACUUAUUUAUCUAGAAGCCCAAAUGUGCGGUGUUUGGGGAAAGCAAAGCCCUGCUGUGACUGCAGUCUCCUCACGUUCUUAUGACUGCAAACGAGGAGGGAGGGUUACAAAAAGAGGCCAAGUGUGGACAGCAAGAGGCCUUUCAUCCGGUGGUCAACAAAACCCUGGAAUGCAUUCACAGUUGCAGGAAGGGGAGCAAGCAGCGAGACCUGCGAAGGCCAGAGGGUGAGGGAGGAGGCAGGCCCACGGGGAGAGGCUGGGAAGGAUGCGUGCGUAAGCCAUUAAACUAAGUGGCUCUGUAUUUGGGCAGCUGUGUCUUUUUUUAGCCCAUUAUUUUGACGCUGUUGCGCCGGGUUUUCCUCGGCCAGGGGAGCGGAGUGGAAGCCGGGGACGCUGAACGUGGCACUUGCCAGUAGUCUGCGCUCUCUCUCUCUGUUCAAGAAUAAUGUUCAUUAUAAUAAUCUCGCCGGAUUCCACGUCUGCUGGUGUCGCUCUGUAUUUGAGGGUUGUUUGCCGGAACUCAGGGGAGCUCUCCCCCCCCCCGCUUCCCCCCCUUCUUGUUGAUUUUAUUGGACUCCAGUCCUUCCAGCUGAGGCUCUAAACCUGGUGCCCUGGCUCCUAGCCAUUCUGCCUCUUAACAAACCAGACCGCGCUUAAAUAAGAGAGAUGGGGAGGGUGGAUCACUGGCUCACAACUCAGCUUCCCCCUCUUAACCCUUCCCUCUGCUUUCUGAGAAUUUGCGAUCGCACAAAGAAACCAAGAGUCCUGGUUUCCCUGAUUAUAACCUCUGGUUUCUAGAAAAAGCCCUGCUUGGUUUGGUUUUGAAUCCAGCAACCCCCACUAAGGCUGAAGAGGGACAGAAUCCUGCACCUUUAUCACUCUCUGGAAUGAUAGUUAUGCAGACAGCAUACUUAUUUUUCAUCCGCAUCCUGAGCAGAUGAGAGUCACUCCCUACCAGCGUAUAAAUCUUGUCUUACAUUAAAAAAAAAAAAGUUAUGGAUCUGGGGUGGGGAUGACUUUAGUGUUGCCACCAUUCCCUUCCUGGCACAGCUUUUGAACAACUGCAUGACAGGUGACUCUCCCAAUAAGUGCAGGUGAUGAAGAGGGAAAGCUUCACCUGUCGACCUUUUUACCUGUAGUGUCUUUGUUCAAACCUCAGAGGGGUGGUCAGAUACACACACACAACCUUACCCCAUAAUAUAUAUGUUUAAGUUGAUGAAACCCAUUUUGGCCAGCUUUGCAGCCAAUCUGGUCUCUGCCCUCUGCCCUCUGCUACUGCAAUCUCAUUGGCUAGAAAGCAGUUUAGUCACUCUGGAUAGUGCGAGCCUGAUGGCCAAAGAGCCAAUCACACUUGAAGGAGGCUGGUGGUGUGAGCUUUUCAGGCAUGCAAACAAAGGUAUCAGAAGCAGCCAAUCACGCUGGAAGGGCAAGCCUAUGAGAAUCCUGAUCUUUUAAGCGAAGCAGUCGCCCAAUCUGCUGUGAAUGCAGGCUUGCAAGAGACCUGGUGGAGGGUGGAGGACUGCCAAUCAAAUCUGAGUAGCCUGCAGACAAGCAAUAUAAAAGGCUAAAUCAUUCCUUCAUUCCGGUGAGGAGGUCUGAUCUUGCUAGGGAUCUGACUUUUCAUCUCCAGGUCCUGCUUUUGAUGUGUGUAUGCUUAUCUUUAUAGUCUGGUUUACAGUGAUAUUUUCCUGCCUGCCUUUUAAGCUUUUGAUAACCUUGACGUCCGUUUAAAUGUAUGAUGACCCUCAAAGACAUGCCUAGCAAAGAAUACGGACUCUAAAGGCACAUUAAAACACACACACACCCCACCUGAGCAAGUCUUGGCUUCCUGAGGGCCUGGAUGGGAAAAUGCUUAGGUAGCCCUGUGCUAAGCCCUGCUGAGUAUGUAACAGAUAAAUAUAUAUGUCUGUUAGCUGCAGGCAGCAACGAAAGCUGAGUCCUUCUGAGUGUCUCCUUCAUUCAGAGGAGACCUAGGUUUGAAUCCUUUGUUCUCUGGGUCACCUUGGGCAAGCCGUCUUCAAAUAUCUCAAGGGCUGCCACAUGGAAGAGGGAACAAGCUUGUUUCCUCCUUUUUCAGAGGGUAGGACUCGAACCCAUGGCUUCAAGUUACAAGAAAGGAGAUUCUGACUAAACAUUGGGGAAAACUUUCUGACAGUAAGAGGUGUUUGACCAUGGAACGGUCUCCCGCGGGAGGUUGUGGACUCUACUUCUUUGGAGGUUUUCGAGCCGAGGUUGGAUGGCCAUCUGCCAUGGAUGCUUUAGCUGAGAUUCCUGCAUUGCAGGGGGUUGGACUAGAUGACCCUCAGGGUCCCUUCCAACUCUAAGAUUAUGAGAUUCUAAGUCACAACGUAGCCUCAGCGCAGGACCAGUUUUGGGAUUAAACAGGGUUACAAUUGUGAUGGCUAAAUAAAUAGAUUCCGUUCCUUCCAUCGCUUGGGUAUCUUUCCCUCCCAUCAACAUGCCUAGGAAUCCUUGAAAACAGAGGGAGCAGAAUGUUCCCAAACUUUGAGCCUGCCUUCUGAAUCAAGAUUGCAUCUGAAGUGCCCUGUGGCUGCUUCUGAAUCAUCCAGAUCUUGCCACUAUUGCAGAGGGACAAACCAUUUGCCUGGCCUGAUAUGUUUGCCCAUUCUUGCCAGGAGAUGACCUUGGCCUGCGUCUCCUUUCGUCAUGCAAAUUAGCAACCUGAGCAGCGUUUGAGAAUAUAUGGGGGUGCCAAGCAUCCAAAGCUAAGGUAGGUUAAUUGCCUGAGCCAGCCAGGAGUGACACAGAACAUCAGUGCAAAUGGCUCUGGAAAGGAGCCAGUCAUACGCCCAGCAUCCAGCCACAUGGUCCAACAGGAAGAUGGCUGGAGGAGCCAAUAGGCUCACUAUAGAAUCCUCAUAUUCAAAUAAAAGACAAAAGGAGAGAUGAUUGGUUGUACUUGGACUAUAAGGUAAAGGCAAAUGAAACAGCAACCUUGCUGAAACUAUAUAGGUCUAGUCAUGCCUGGAUAGGGGAUGGUUUCAAACCCUGUGCAUUAUUAUUAUGAAACCCUAUGUUUAUAUUAUAUUAUAUUAUAUUAUAUUAUAUUAUAUUAUAUUAUAUUCCCUGCCUUUUUCCUUUACAGGGGCUCAAGACAUCUUACAGAUAAAAUAAAAACAGCUAAACAGAGGGGGAAUAAUUAAAAAUAAUUUAAACACUAAUAAAGUCAACACACACACACACACACACUAUAUAUAUGAUCUAUUUAAAACAUACAGAUAAUCACAAUAAAAACAGCACGGCACUAGCCCUUUCAUUAAAAGUCUAACUUCUCUAGGGAGGGAGUUUCAAAGUCUGGGAGCAGCCACCGAGGAGGCCCUCUCCAGCCACCUUGGGGAUCUACAGCUGCAGAAAAGUAAAUAAAUGUUAAGUAAAAUGAAACUUUAGCAGUGUUUCGGUAACAUGCUUACCCACUGUGGUCUCCUAACCUCCCCUGUAGUAUUUCCCCAGUGGACCUGCUGUGAUCCUGACUUCUUUUCCUUCUGCUCCUUCUUAAAAAGCUGCUAGUCCUCAUGACCAUAGAAGAAAACGUUAAUAAUCAGUGGGCAAUGUUGCCAGUGCUUUGCUGUCACUCUUUACAUUCCUAGUUGAGAGGAUGGGGUGGGCAGCUGUUACUCUUUAAAUGGGUUUAGAAGUGGGAAAGGGAAAAUAUUCUCCCUGUGGCCUGCAGACAAGCAGACAGACACCAAUCCCGCCACAACUCCACACCUCUCUCUUUUUGUGUGUUCCUUCCCGCCCCCCUGCCCCUGCCUGCCCCUUACUCAGAAGUUGGAUAUGGGGCAGGAACAGGACAUGAGAAGGGACCACGGUUGGUUUGACAUCUGUGGGCCAGUGUUGCAUCUUCUGAGGAAAACCAACCCUUUAAAACUAUCACAGAACCUUCUACAGUGGUACAUCGGCUUAAGUACUUAAUUCGUUCCGGAGGUCCGUACUUAACCUGAAACUGUUCUUAACCUGAAGCACCACUUUAGCUAAUGGGGCCUCCUGCUGCUGCCACCAGAGCACAAUUUCUGUUCUCAUCCCGAAGCAAAGUUCUUAACCUGAAGCACUAUUUAUGGGUUAGCAGAGUCUGUAACCUGAAUCGUAUGUAACCUGAAGCAUAUGUAACUCGAGGUACCACUGUACUGCGGAAAGAAAGGAGACGGGAGGGAAGAGGGGAGGAUUUUUAUUCUUAUUUAUGUAUUUUAUUUUGUCCUCCAUGACCAGGCUGGUUAUUUUGGGGAUGAUGGUUUUCCUGGAAGGAGAAAAGGAAUCUGAUAGUCUGCCGAGGUGAUGUGGCGCUGCCCCCGGGCCACCCCGCCCGGUCUCUGCGUGCACACGCAUUCCCAGCACACUGGAAGUGCGAGCGGCUGUUUGUGUGCAUGUGUUAUUAUGUCACUGUUCCAGCUCGCUUAGCUGUGACCUUGGACGAAAGGAGAAUGCGAUGAGAGAGCUUCGUCACAAACUGCCCUCCAGGAGACGGAGCCAGGCACUGGUCCAAAACACAGCUUCUCCCUCCAAAUCCCUCUCUCCAAUUCCUUUCCCCGUGGUGCCAGGCCAGAGAGCCUUCUCCAUCGCUAUUCCUUCCCCACUGCCCUGAUCGCCAGCUUUCUCCUGCCUUGUGGAGCAGCGCAAGUGGCAGGGAACCGGGGUGUGUGUGUGUGCUGCCUUCCAAGUGGCUGAGCCCAUCUCCCUCUGACUUGUCGCCUCAGGUUAAAUCAAGUUUUUUGGGGUUGCACUUAUAUAAGAAGAUAUGUGGCAUCUCGGCUGAGAAGGCAGGGCUUUUUUUGGCCUUGACAACUGCUGCAAGGAACAAUGGGAUAUGGAAUGGGAGGUAAGGGUGGGGGAGACGGACAGACAGACCACAAUCUAACUCUUAGUGCUAAGCUGCCAUUCACAUAGGAGAUAACCACUUCUGGACUUUACGUGGAGCACCCGUGACUGACUUUCUUUCCUAAACUAAAAAAUGAAAUGCUCUGCUCCUAGAAAGCCAGCUGUUAAGAAAGGUUAUUGUCUAGCUUUCGUUGAUAAGGAAGUUUUCUGUGUGAGGGUUUUUUUCUUUCUUUCUCAUGUGGAAAUGUUCAACCCCGAGAUGCCCUCAGAUCAUCCAAAGCCCCUCCAGUCUGGUGGGGUGUGUGUGUCUGUGUGUGUGUGUGUGUUGCAAAUGUAUCCUGCCACAUGUCAUUGAUGCAUGAGUUGUUCAUUGGUGGUGAAUUUAUACCAGACUGUGCAAACACCAGUCCGCUUCAUUAGUGGUCCUGUAGUCUUUGCUGGGGGGUCUUUGCUAGACCGCUAAUGAAGCAGACUGGUGUUUGGACCAUUCACCACCAAUGAACAACUCAUGCAUCAAUGGCAUGUGGCAGGAUACAUUCAUUAGUGGUCCUGUAGUCUUUGCUGGGGGGACGCAGGUGGCGCUGGGGGGACGCAGGUGGCGCUGUGGGUUAAACCACAGAGCCUAGGACUUGACGAUCAGAAGGUUGGCGGUUUGAAUCCCCACGACAGGGUGAGCUCCCCUUGCUCGGUCCCUGCUCCUGCCAACCUAGCAGUUCGAAAGCACGCCAAAAAGUGCAAGUAGAUAAAUAGGUACCGCUCCGGCGGGAAAGUAAAACGGCGUUUCCGUGCACUGCUCUGGUUCGCCAGAAGUGGCUUAGUCAUGCUAGCCACAUGACCCGGAAGCUGUACGCCGGCUCCCUUGGCCAAUAAAGUGAGAUGAGCGCCACAACCCCAGAGUCAGUCAUGACUGGACCUAAUGGUCAGGGGUCCCUUUGCCUUUGCCUUAGUCUUUGCUGGGCGCUGUCACAUUGUCAUGAUUUGGAGGGGCAAAGCAGGACAUAACAAACACACACUUCCCGGAAUAUGGCGGUAUAAUAACACGUUACGGGAUUUCAGGAGGAAGUUAUGAGACUGGAAACAAAGCAAUAUGUAUGCCCUCAAACUGCUGCACCUGCAAACAGUCGUGAAAGUGAGAUUGUGAAUAACCAGCCCAUGCCAUCAUGAACACAAGUCAUCAUGACCACACAGUUAAAAGGAGCUUGGAGACUGGGCCUGUCUGGUCCACAAAUAGUUUUCCCCCCUGCGUGAGGCAAAUGUUUGUGGUAUUUCUUUUGGGUUCUCUAACCCAACUCUUCUGCUCUGGAACGGAAAUGAGGCCUUGUGGGAUGGAAGUGUGGGGAACUGGGUCUCCUGGGUUUUCCUUUUAGAUCCCAAAGGAAACUGCUUGCAUUUCUAGAAAACAGACCCUCAAGUUUUCUCCUCAGCUCUAGGAGCCGGAAAUGGGUGUAGCUUCUUAGAGCAGGAAGGCAUGAUUCCUGGAUUUCGUUGCCAGUUUGAGGAGAUUAAUCUGUUACUUCUCCCUCUUGGGGUUUUAGACAGUUCUUAAUUUUUAAAAUGUGAGUUGUGACAUUUCAAAUUUGCCUAGUGGGAGCAUGCUCUGUGUUCCCCGAUCACCCUGUUUUUAAUCCCAGAUGUCUAGGGGCCUCAUCCACACUUUUGUAUAUUCCACAGGAAUCAGUUGACGAAGGGUGGGUAGCAAUAUUUUUUAAAUAAAUGAAUAGGGGCUGGUUGUGGUUAACCCAUAGCAAAGCAGACAUCUUUGCAUGUGGUCAGCUACAGUCAGGUCUUCAUUAUUGCUUCACUUAUUCCAGGGCUGAGCUUCAGAAUUAAAAAUGAGGUGGAAUGAACCCAAAGCAUGUAGCAACCAAAAACACUGCUCCUUUUCUUCCUUCUCACUGGAUAUAUGUCAUUUUCCUGGCUCCCCUGGUCAUUCCCUUUCUCCCUAACAAACUUUUGCUGAAGGGUGUGAAGUGUGAAGUCUCACACAUACCCUUUCAGUCAAGUUUUCUUGGCUUGUUUUCUGCUGAGGAUGGCGAUUUCGUGUUACGAGAUUCAUAGCAAUGGCGCCUUUCAGAAACCAGGGCUAUCUAAUUCUUCCUUUCUGAUGGUUGGCAACAUCUCUUACUUGGGCUAGGAAGAGGGGAUUCAUCCCGAGCAUCUUUACUUUUGAUGAUGCCGUAUGGGCUAGGACGAAACUGCUGCUCUGCUCUACCGAAAUACAGAUAAAGAAUCAAGAAGUAAAUGCAAGAGGCAAAUCAGAGAGAAAGAGGGUGGGAAAGAAUGAGGCCUAGGAAGGAAUAUGGAUAUUUGCAACAGAAACAAGGGCCUGAAAUGCUGGUUGGGGGAAUCUGCUGAGUGUCUGUGUGCAUCUGCUUAAAUAGGGGAGAAGGGGCAAUUGGGAAAGGUUAAAAGCUUGCUGCUUUCCCCCAAAUGGUUCCCCCUCCCACUUUUCACUGUGUAGUGAAGAAAUGGCAAUUGGCUACAUAAUAUGUGUGCUUUGAAACACACAGAAGGGGAGAGCAUCAGGGUAUCUAUGAGGACAGAGCCAGGAGGGUGUCCUAACCUGUGGAAAUGUUGUCUCUUGGGCAGGCCAAAGACAGCGACGAUGAGGAAGAGGUGGUGCACGUGGACCGAGACCAUUUCAUGGAUGAGUUCUUCGAACAGGUAAGAGGAAGGACAGCCUUGAAGGUGUCACAGCAGCAUGGUCAGUGGUCAGGGAUGCUGAGAGUUGUGGUCCAACAUCUGGAAGGCUGCAGGUCCCCCAUCCCUGGCAUGGACCUUGGUGUGGGCUCUUCUUUGGUCUGUUGUUAUGCUUUCAUUUAUCUGGUGUUCUGCUUGAAUUGCAACAGCGUUCGCCAACCUGGUGCCUUCCUGCUUUUUUGGACUACAACUCCCAUAAGGGCUGGGGCUGAUGGGAGUUGUAGUCCAAAGCAGCUGGAAGACACUAGGAGGGGUGAAGGCUGCACUACAUAUUGUACCAAGUCCUACCCCUUGAGUAAUCAUACUCCUUUCCAGCUUCUGACAUCUCCCCAGGUUUUGUCCAUAUAUUUUGAAGCUUAUCUCAACAGUCAUGAGAUCUUGACCAGUGGCAGAGAACCUGUGGCAACUCCAGAUGAUGCUGGACUACAGUUCCCAUCAUCCUUGCCCUUUGGCUGUGCUGGCUGGGACUGAUGAGAAAUGAAGCCCGACAGCAUCUGGAGGGCAAAGGGUCCCUCUCCCUUUUCUGUAGAAGCUUAACUUCUUGAGCCAUGGCUAAGGGAGGUUGCACUGAAAUAUAGCUUAAGAUCCCAUGGCUCUAUAGGCUAGCUUUUGCAAACCCGGUGCCCUCCAGUUUUUCUGAACUACAACUCCCAUCAUCUCCAGGACUAAUGGGAGUUGUAGUACAGAACAUCUGGAUGGCACUGGGAUGGCUGAUUUGGCAUAUUGCAGGCUACACUUGUCACUUGUUUUAACACAGUUGUACCUUGGAAGCCAAACGGAACCUGUCCUGGAAGUCUGUUCGACUUCUGAAAUGUUUGAAAACCAAGGCAUGGCUUCCGAUUGGCUGCAGGAAGCUCCUACAGCCAAUCAAAAGCUGCAGAAGCCACGCCAGAUGUUUGGGUUCCAAAAGAACGUUUGCAAACCGGAACACUCAUGUUUGGGUUUGUGGCCUUUAGGAGCCAAAUCGUUUGACUCGCAAGUCGUUCAUCAACCAAGGUAUGACUGUACUGCUAAAUACUGUUGUCUCGUUCAUGUGGCAAUCAGCAAACACGUUUAUUUCUUUUUAAAAACAAGUUCUCUGAGGCCUGAAAAGGGCACGAUAGCAGCCUCUUUAAACCUAGACUUUGCCCAAUCUCUCUCUCUCACAAAAGUAGAAGAGGAGGCAUGAGGGGAGGGGAGCUUAACCUCCCCCGCUUGCCUGCUUCUUCUUCCCCACAGCCCCUCGCCUGAAGCAUUUCCCCUUUGGUCAAAGAGAGACUGCAAGGGAGUCAACGGUGAGCAGGGAAGCUUACACCCCCUCUGAAAAUGAAACCCCCUCACUCAAAACACAUUAUUUAAUGAUCAGGGCAGACACAGAUUUAAGGAGACCAGCUGACGAGCAUCUAGGGGUUAUCUCCAACUUAAAUUUCCUCAGAUUCAGGGGUGCCAACUUGAAUAAAAUAUUGGGGGGGGGGGAGGUAAGCCCUGUCCUGCAUAAUCGAUCAAAAGACAUGUCACAUGCGCACCAUCUGAAUGGCAAUGCCCAUCAAUUUUGCGGGGCCCUGGUCCCCUCAGAUAUUUUAUUUGGAGGGCCAAAGGGACCCCGGCCCCUAGGAGUUGGCUCCUAUGCUCAGAGUACAUUUACUGAAAUUAACGAACCUCAGUUAGUUGUGUUUAUUCAUUUCAAUGGGUCUACUCUUGAGUAGCAUUGGAUACAACCCUAGGUUUCAAAGCGUAAGGGAAAGAAAUAGUUUUUGAAAGGGGUGUCUCUGUGUGUGUGAGGGAGGGAGAGAUUCUACAGUUUAAUGUUUCCUCUUGUUUUGGGUUUGGUACGUCAUUCCUCAGCCGUGCCUGAGCCUAUUUGCCUCUGAACAAUGAGGUCCUUUCAUGCUGGAGAGCUCUUGCUUCAUUAUAGAGUCUGAGAACCCGUAAAGAGGUCGGUUUUGUGCAGCAAUACAUACUUCCAGCUCCCAGACCGCUGUGCGGAAACCAAAUGGCUGCCAGGAUUAGAGAAGGUGGCCACCCUUGUUCCAGGUCCUCUCCUUCCCACUUCUUCACAGCCUGCUUUUGCAUAGGAGACAGAGCCCACGAGCCCCCGUGCCCUGAAUUAACUCCUGCUUCAACACGUGCCUGGGAUCUGCACGAGAGCGGAGCGCAUUAAUAUUCAAGCAGCAUGGCUUUUAGUAUGCAAGAGCAUCUUGUUAAUGAUUCUAUGCAGCCUCUGUGAUGCGCAGGCGUCAGAGGUGGAAGGAUUGGAGUGGGGGGGAGGCAGAGAGAUGCCACCGGGAUGGCAGCCACCCACAACUGUGAAAUCCACGUUUGCUUGUUGGGUCUUGUUCACAAGUCGCAACUCGUGGCUGAGAUCAUCGCACUACACCCCAGAGAAAUCUUGCCGUUUCUCUGAAGCAAUUCCGCAGCGUGCUGUGGCUGCUUGGAGGAAAUCCAUGCCUCAGACAGCUCUUGCCUCUCUUUCCUUUGAAUUCCAAGUUCUAUUUUAAAAAAAUAAAAACCACCUGCAGCCCACUCACCCUCCCUCUCUCAAAUAAAGCAUACAGAUUGCAUCAUUUCAUGCAAAAUUAGCAAAUGUUGUUGCGUAGCUUUGACCCAAGAUUGUAAACAUUCUUGCAGUCUUUUCCGGUGGGUGCCUGGAUUCUUAUCAGCCUCAGCACUCAUCAGGGAGUUAGUUACCAGUGAGACCCGUAAUUAAUGAUCCAAUCUUAUUUAUUGCUUUUGUGGCCCCCCUUUUCUCUCCAGUGAGCUUGAGGCUCCCCCCCCCAUUUAAUUCCCACAACAACCCUGAGAGGUAGAUUAGGCUGACAGGCAGUGACUGGCCCAAGGUCACCCAGCGAGCUGCAUGGCAGAGUGGUGAUUCGAACCCUGGCCUCCCGGGUCCUAGUCUGAGCCUCUAACCACUACGCCACACUGGAUCAGUUUGUGGACAUUUGGGCUCAGGCUACAUAUGAUAGUGGAAGACCCAUCUAUUUAAGACCUGGGCCUGCCCCACUCCUGCUUAGACUGGCAGCUUCCCCCAAAGAGAACUACUAAAUUGGUGGCUGCCUCCCUGAAACCUCAUUUAUGAAGUCAUUUUCCCUCAGCUGUGCUCUAGCUCUGUAAGUGGGUCUCUAGGGGAGGAAAAGCCCACACGGGGAGAAACUCUGGGGAAGUUAAACAAUGGGUGGGGAUUCUUAUACCCAUGAACUCCAUAUGUCCUACAAAUCCUCUUAGUUCACACCCCUCUUUAUACACGACUGAGGCAGACUUGAGUUCGAAAGCUGCACUCUGUUCCAACAUAGAAUCAUAGAAGUGUAGACUUGGAUGGGACCCUGAGGAAUAUGCAGCUGUCCCAUCGAACCUGAAACUGUGAUUCCGCUGCAUGAGGGAAGCAGGGCUGGCCCAGGAUUUGUGAUGCUUGAUUGAGGGGCGCCAGCAAAGCUAUUGUCUAUCGUGGGCGAGUCGGCUGCAGAUUUCAGGACCUUGGAGAGCGUCUCCUGGUAGUUUGCCUCCGGGCUCGUAUUUCAACUCCUUUCUUCAGCACAGUGCUCCCUGGUGGCUAUGCUGAGGCCUUACAGUCAUUUAACUGAGGAAAACUACUCUAUCAGACCGACAAAAAGGUAUUUAGGGAACAUUUAAGUCAGAGUUUCCCAAACUGUAGUUCAUGGACCGCCAGAAGUCCCCAAGCUUCAGUCAGCUGCUCUGUGACAUGUCUGCAUUCAAUAUUCCUAUUGCUUUUUAAUUGGCUGCUUUGUUUAUCUCUUACAUUGCAUGUUUUUGUAUUACAAUCUGCCAAAGAGAUCAUAGUCUCAGUGAACUGUAGCAAAACUGUCAGUGCAAAGAAAUAUUUGUUUUUAUUCAUUUAUAAAAAAUAUUUAUAUACUGUUGUUCAUUAAAAAAAUAAAUAUCAGAGUGGUUUUACACAAUUGUACAUAAAACCAUGCCAUAAAGAGCAUUUUUUAAAAAAAACUUAAAAUCAGUUAAAUAUUAUGGGCAGUUGUAUUAUUAAUUAUUUUUUAAAAUUAAACAGAAGGCGCCCACUGUAUUUCCAUUGGCAGAUUAUUCCACGAUCCUGGCCCUAUGGCACCAAAAUCUCAGUUCCUUGUUGUGAAAUGAUCCUGACCAACUCAGGGAACAACUAACAAGACUACUGCAGAUUAUCUCAGUGGCUGAGCUGAGAUAUAAGGGUUCAAGCAGUCCCCAAGGUACCCUGGACCUAAGUUGAUCAGGGUGUUGUAAAUUAAUGCAAGGACCUUGGUAGUGUACCAUAGAUGUUUGGUGACAGAGGUACUUCCCCCUCCUGCCUGAUGCUCUCACUCUGCACAUGGCGGAAUGUGGAAACAAGGCCUGUGUAUCGCUCUCUCCUUUUCCCGCCUCUGUGGCUCCUUCAUGGAAUCUCCUCCAAGCUUAAGAGUUCUGUGGCUCCACGAUUGGCUAAAUGCAGCAUAGAGGACCCGUAUUGACCGUGGCAGCCCUGGGUCACCGUAUCAAUUACUUAGCGGUGGGCGUUCAAGGAACCACAACAGGAGGGAGGUCCUAUGCUCACUUCUUGCCUCCCUGUCUUUCCCCAGGUGGAGGAGAUCCGCGGAUGCAUUGAGAAACUCUCGGAAGAUGUGGAACUGGUGAAGAAGCAGCACAGUGCCAUCUUGGCUGCCCCCAACCCAGAUGAGAGUGAGUGGAACACCCAGAGGGUCACGUCUAGGGAUGCUGUCCCAUGGUGCUUGCACAAGCCCCGCGCCAUGCGUGAAUUUGCCCAAGAUGGGUGCGCAAGGCUCUCUCUCUAGAUCCUGCACAAGGAUGAAGGCAAACAAUGCAUGGGGGGGGGGGAACGGACACAGUUCAAUCAUCUCCCAGGUCUGCUGUCAAAACACUCCCUCCAUUUAUUUAUUUUUGCAUUUUCCUUGUAGAGACCAAGCAGGAACUGGAGGAUCUCACAGCUGACAUCAAGAAGACUGCCAACAAGGUGCGCUCCAAGUUGAAAGGUAAGAGCUGGGUCUCCCCAACAUAAAGUUAAUAUAUAUAUAUGACCGAAAGUCCAGAGGUAGCAUUUUAAUCCAUUUACGAUGGAGUGGGAGGUUUGCAGGCUAUGGAGGACUUGCUCACAAACUUAUUGACAGCUGCACAAAUUAUUAUACCCAAGAAGUGGAAGGGGCAAGCAGAAUAUAUAAUAGAAGAAUGGUAUAAUGAGGUGUGGGAAUUAACACGUGCCAUUCUUCUUUUUCUUUCUUUAACUUUGGCGAUCACUCAUAGCUGAGUAAGAUUGUCUUCCAUAAACAUGGUUUUAACAAUGAGUCCGUAAGUGACUUUGGAGGCCAAUUCUGGAUCCACACGUUCUUACACAGCGGGGGCAUUGGUUUCCAGGUGGGAGUUGAUCACAGUGUGGAUUUGCCAAGCAUGCCAUCCUCUUAGCACAUUUCUCCCUUGCGUUCUGAGUUUGAGUGUCUUCAAAGCCCAUGACAUCUUUGGUGAAGGCUGUUCUCCAAUUGGAGCACUCGCAGGCCAGUGUUUCCCAGUUGUCAGUGUUUAUACUACUUUUUUUUAGAUUUGCCUUGAGACAGUCUUUAAACCUCUUUUGUUGACCACCAGCAUUACACUUUCCAUUUUUAAGUUUGGAAUAGAGUAGGACGGGGAAUAUGCAGGAGAAAUGAUUCUGAGGAGAUAUGGAGGGCGUUUGUAGAAUUUGUACUGUUAAAACGGAAAAGAGGUCAAACCAUCGCAAGCCAAUGGGAAGCCGGACAGCAUUGCGGAAGGUGAUCCCCGCUCUGCUCCGUGCUGUUUUAGCGUGGUGCACGGGAGCUGACCGAGCGGGCGGUGGGGGUCCAUGGGUCAGUUAAACGACCUCCAUGGGCCGCUUGUGGCCCAUGGACCUUAGGUUGCUGGCUCCCGUCCUAGCCCUUAGGUAGCUUUGAACCUGCAACUUGGCAGCUCACCACUAGAGGCAGCAGGAGAAGAACCCAGAAACUCCAGGCUCUGACCUAGACAGCUCUUCACUCUCCGCCAAAGCUGCCCUGAUCUCUUUGCCCUUGUCCUCUCUACAGCGAUUGAGCAGGGAAUCGAGCAGGAAGAGGUGCAGAACCGAUCCUCGGCUGACUUGCGGAUCCGGAAAACGCAGGUACUUGUCUUCGUCACAUAUAUUGGAUUUCGCCUUAUUUCUUCUGCUUCUUCCCCCACCCUCAUCCCCAGAGUACUUAUAUUUAAAAUAAAUUGCAUGUUGUUGUUUUUUUAAAAAAACUUCCCGGUUAAUUGGGGGGGGGGCCCUUUUAGCUGACCAAAUUGUUUUUAAAUCCAUGCAUCUAAACCCUGGGGGGAGGCCUGCAAUGGCCAAUGGCCCAUCCAGUCCAGCAUUCUGUUCUCACAAUAGCCAGCCAGAAGCUUUAGAUCAUUUGCGUAACAAUUUCCCCUCCCAUACACACACACACACACACACACACACACACACACUCCAAAGGUCUGUGAUAAAUACCGGUAGUUUUGGGUCUUAAAUUGAAACAGGGGAGCAGAGGGAAUGAGGGGUACAGUCCGCUCUCUUUGGUACCUUCCUCUGUGCCCCAACAUGACUGACUCCCCAUUUCGCUGCCUAGCACUCGACCCUUUCCCGCAAGUUCGUGGAGGUGAUGACGGAAUACAACACAACCCAGUCCAAAUAUCGAGACCGAUGCAAGGACCGUAUCCAGAGGCAGCUGGAGAUAAGUACGUUAAUUCUCUCUCUUGUAUAUAUUCCCUGCCUUCCCUCCUUAGGUCUGGCCUGUUAGGUACGUUUCCCCCCCAAAAUAGAACUCUCUGACGAUCUAGGAGUAGCAUUCUGUCGGGUAGCAUUCUGCCAGGGAUUAUUUAGCUGUGAUUCCUGUAUUGUCUGGGGGUGGUCAGAAUGACCCUUGAUGUCCCUUCCAACUUUGCAGUUCUAUGAUCCUACAAUUGCAUUCAUCCGGUAACUAGUGAGGAAAGAGCUGAAAUAUAUGACAUUAGCGAUAAGGACAUAAGAAGAGUCCUGAGGCGCUCUCUCUCUCUCUCUCUCUCUCUCUCUCUCUCUCUCUGAAACAAAUUUUUGAUUUUCCAAAAUAUAAACAUACAACAAAAACAAUUCCCAAUCUAAUUAUAAAGAUUACUCUGAAUCUCCUGACUCCGCCCCCAUCCCAUCCUAUUGAUUCUAUUUUCAACUGCAUAUCAAUACUUUGCACAUUUUUCAUCUUCCUAAAUUAUCUAUACGUUCUGUUACAUUACAAUUGUGUUUAAAAUCCUGCUAAUGCUUUGACCUGUUUACAAUGAUUUUGUAUAUACAUUAUAAACAUUUCCCUUUCUUUUUAAAAUUCCUUGUCUUCUUGAUUCCUGAGCUUCCCAGUUAGUUUUGCCAUUUCAGCAUAUUCCAUCAACUUGAUUUGCCAUUCUUCUCUGGUCGGGGUUAUCUCUUCGUUCCAUCUCUGGGCUGGUAGCAUCCAAGAGGCCAUUGUAGCAUACACAAACACUUCCCUCUGGUCCUUUGGGAUCUUGGCAAAAUGUCCAGAAAAAUCUGGACGUAUGGCAAAAAAAAAGCUCAAAAACUUUUCUGUCCAGAUAUUCACUUUUUGGAAUAUUGCAACCCUACCCUAUGUUGGGAUGCGGGUGGUGCUGCGGGUUAAACCACAGAGCCUAGGACUUGCCGAUCAGAAGGUUGGUGGUUCGAAUCCCCGCGACGGGGUGAGCUCCCGUUGCUCGGUCCCUGCUCCUGCCAACCUAGCUGUUCGAAAGCACAUCAAAGUGCAAGUAGAUAAAUAGGUACCACUCCGGCAGGAAGGUAAACAGCGUUUCUGUGCGCUGCUCUGAUUUGCCAGAAGCGGCUUAGUCAUGCUGGCCACAUGACCCGGAAGCUGUACGCCGGCUCCCUCGGACAGUAAAGCAAGAUGAGCACCACAACCCCAGAGUCAUCCUCGACUGGACCUAAUGGUCAGGGGUCCCUUUACCUUUACCCAAGUUAGGGCCUGAGGACAACUCUCCACACUUGCGAUUCCUGACAACUAGUAUUCCGAGGUAUCUUGCCUCCAACAGUGGAGGCAGAACAUAUAGUAGCUACUGAUAGCUUUGGUCUCCAUGAUGAAGACAAGAGACCUACCGAGCAUGUGCAGAGUGGCUUUUCUUCACUGCCUUGUGAUGGCCGCUGGCCUCUUAUUAUCUGAGAUCAGGGGGCUGGGCUCGCACGACAACCUCAAGCAGGCGUGAAUGCUGGCACUAUUACAACCUGAAGUGCGAGGAGCCGCCACACACCAACCCAUCCUCAGUCAUACUUCGUUGUGGCUGUUUUUUUUGUAGCAGUUGCCUUUGCCUCAUAGGGGCGAGUAGCCACUGUGAGUUUUUAAAAGGCAGAGCUGCUGUCUAUAGCUAGGUGCUUUCAUCCUAUUCAAUAAUAAUAAUAAUAAUAAUAAUAAUAAUAAUAAUAAUAAUUUCAUUAUCUAUACUCCACCCAUCUAACUGGGUUGCCCUAAAAACUUCCCUAUCCAGGGCUGCUUUCAGAUGUCUUCUAAAGGUUGCAAAGCUACUUAUCUCCUUGGCUCAGGAGUCACAUAAGUCCAUACCCUUCAACAUUUCUCCCAUGAAAAUAGGGACAUUCUGGGGUCAAAUCAGAAACUGGGACGGCUUCUGUAAAUCCUGGACUGUCCCUGGAAAAUAAAGAUACGUGGAAGGUCUGAUGCAGCUUCCUGCUUCCAUCGCUGGGCUCCAUUGAAAAUGGCUUCUCCAUGCAAACCAGGAAGUGACCUCUCCAGACAACAGAGCGACUCUUCUUAUCUCUGAGACUGCGAUCUCCUGAGCGACACGGACGCCGUUAGGCAGUUGAAUGCACAUCCGUACUCAGUCCAUUUCCCUCCCUUCCACGCAACCCCAGCUGCUAGCAAUCCACGCUACGCCACUGGGCUGUCCUAAAAGCAUAUUCUCCUGCCUCCCUCUUGCCGGUAGUUGCAUGCCUCACUGGUGGAAGGGAUCCUGCUCACUUUUAUACAAACUGGAAACAAGGAGAUCAAAACAAACAAUGUGCCAGUUUCCUCACCGGGAGGCCAGGGUGCGAAUGCUUUGUUGAAGCAAUAAGGCGAUGUAUUAUAAUGUGUAUUAUAAAGUGUGGCGAUUCAUCAUGGCUCCGGUCUUCCCUUUUUGCAGCUGGCAGGACAACAACUAACGAGGAGCUAGAAGACAUGCUGGAGAGUGGAAAGUUGGCAAUCUUCACCGAUGACGUACGUAUCCCAAGCAUGUCAGACAUGGCCGUCUUGUGGUUCCAAGCUUAGGAAAUGACAGGGUUGGGGUGCUCUGCUAGGAAACUGCGCUGGGGGUCCUUGGAAUUUAUGGGUCAGACUGGGAAUGAAGUAAGCAGGUUCAAGGAGGGGCAGAAUGUCAGGCAGGAUGCUGAAACCCCAACCACUGAUAUUACAAUGCCCUGUUCUUCCCUGCUUCCCUUCAUAGUCAUAGGGAAUAGAAGUUUGCCAACAUUUCUUAACAUAUAAGAAGCAGGCUCUCCGGGUUCCUCCUCUUAACCUCUUUGGUCCAUUGUUCUAACAGGGAUGGGGUUGUAACUUGGGUGGGUGCUGUUUUAUUUGGGGAUGGGGUUCUUUUAAAUUGUUUUCAAAUGUUAUAUGUUACUUUGUAUUUGUAUUUGUGUACUGGGGUAUUGUUUAGGGGCUUUUGUUGGGAGUGUACUUUUUAUUAGUUUGUAUACAUUAUAGUACUGUUAAUUGUUUUAAUUAUUUCUAUUAUGUAUUUUGUGCUUUUAUAUUGUAACUUUAUGUUGUGAACCACCCUGAGACCUACAGGUAUAGGGUGGUAUACAACCUUUAACAACAACAACAACAACAGAAGCUGUGGUUCCUAGGACAACAGCCACAUUUAACAAGUCUAUGUGGUUCUGUCUUUCAAUCUGUAUCACUGCUUGUCAGUUUACAUUGUUUAUUCAAAAACUGGGACGGAGGCUUCCCCAGAGGCUUGUGGGGGCAUUGGAGUGCAGGAGUUUUCCUUAGUGCAGAAUUCUGUCUGCCUGUCUGCCUGUCUUUCUUUCGUCUUGACUCGUGUUGUUUCCUUCAGAUCAAAAUGGACUCACAGAUGACGAAGCAGGCCCUGAACGAGAUUGAAACCCGGCACAACGAGAUUAUCAAACUGGAAACCAGCAUCCGGGAGCUUCAUGACAUGUUUGUGGACAUGGCUAUGUUGGUGGAGAGCCAGGUACGGCCACAGGGUCAAUGUGGAGCUGUCCUUGAAGACGCUGUGUAACUCAGUCACUUCACAACGCAGCAGCUAGACAAUGAAGAGGGAACAGGAGAUGGGAUCAUAUCAUACCCCGCUUGGAAACCAAUUCCAGUGGCUCCCUAUUCCUUACCUUUAACACCCUGUAUGGCUUAGGACUCCGGUACAUUCUCCAGCAUUGACUCAUCUGCGUUUCUGGGGUCUCCAUCUGAAGCUCUUCCGUGGGUGCUCCCACCAUUGGAAGCAAUGUGAUAAUAAAAAAGGCAAAAAUAAAAAUCUGGAAUUUUGAACAGGAGCACUCCACACAGCAGUUCUAGGUCUUGCUUAUAAUUAAAUAAAUAAAAUAGUUUCAUUGGGGACUACAGACUUCAUCACACACACCCCUCAGAAGUCAGUGCAGAGGGAUCUCCAUGAUUCAGUAUAAUAGCUUCAGUAUCUGUAAUUCUAAAAUUCUAAAAUGAGAAGUCUCAGGGCUCAGUUACCUGGAAACUUCUCUCUCUCUCUCUCUCUCUCUCUCUCUCUCUCACACACACACACACACACACACACACACACCACACACACCCCUUGCCCUGUAUUCUCAGGUGAGUGGCUCCUCUUUGCUAAGAAAGAAAACUUUGUACAUGUUCAGAAGCACAUUUUCCAAGCUGAGCUCUGACAGCCAACCCCCCCUGCCCCCAACUAGGAUUUCAUGUUUGUAUCCCUUUGCUCAAGUUAAACCUUGGCUGGGAGUUAUUUUGUGUGUGGAGUACUUCACAUGAAACAUGUACAAACCAAAUCAAUGAGCACAGAGGUUUGGGCUUUAACUGGAAAAGACUUGGGUUCAAAAUCCAUGGAGCCAUAAAAACUCAUUGAAUUGUUUCUGGCUAGUUGUUGUCCUGAGCCUCGCAGGGUUGUUGUGGAUAUGUUAACCUUGGAGGGUCAGGAUGAUCAGAUUAUCAGCCAUAGCCGUUGACCGAAUUAACUCGCCUUACCUUCACAAGUCGCCGCUUUCUACCAUUUCAGGGGGAGAUGAUUGACCGCAUUGAAUACAAUGUCGAGCACUCCGUUGAUUACGUGGAAAGAGCCGUCUCUGACACCAAGAAAGCUGUAAAAUACCAGAGCAAGGCUCGGAGGGUAAGUAGGAGCGGUUGGGACACGGGGCAAGGAAGGCAGAGAGGGCUAAUGUUCCCCUCUAGGCGCAAGAGGCAGUCAGGAACCUGGAAUGAGUAAAAUGUGUUGGAGAAGGCAUGGCUGAGAACGGAAAACUGAGGAGUCAAGCCAAGUUCAGAAGAAAGAGAGAUCUCAGAGAAAAUCUCCACAAUUAGGAAAUUACCUAUGGAUUCCAGAUUCUUAACGUUGGUUUGGGAGCGAAAAAUAACGUGGGUACAGUGGCUUCUGCGGCAUAUUUGCCACAUACAGUCGUACCUUGGAUCUCAAACGCCCUGGAACUCGGACUUUUUGGCUCCUAAACGCCGCAAACCCAGAAGUGACUCUUCCGGUUUUCGAACGUUCUUUUGGAACCCAAAUGUCUGACAGGGCUUCCGCAGCUUCUGAUUGGCUGCAGGAGCUUCCUGCAGCCAAUCAGAAGCCAUGAUUUGGUUUUGGAAGUCAAACAGACUUCCGGAACAGAUUCUGUUCGACUUCCAAGGUAUGACUAUAAUUUUGAACCUAAGUGAAACUGCCUUACUUGGAACCAGACCUUUUAUUCUUCUCUUUUGGUACUAUCUCCUCUGACUCCAACACUUCAGAAGGAGGAGUUUCACAGCCAUACUAACUGAAAGCCUUUUAAAUGGAAAUGAUGAUAACUCAGGGGUGGAGAAUUCCCUCCAGGCCUAUCUGCCCUGACCCUCAGGAGUCUUGCAAGGCCACCCAUGCCCCUCACUGACCAUGCAUCACUCUCUCCUUGACUGCUUCUGCCAGCCUGGAAUGUGUCAUUGAACUGCGACAAUUGUUUCUUGCUUCCCUGGAUGGAGUGAGUUGUGUGUCCAUGUUGUGUAGAAAACUCUGGCUUAUGGCAUGUAGGCGAUUGUAGACAGGUAAGAGUCGUAGGUCUUGCUCCUCCCACUUCUGCCUCUAGCCCCUCCCACUGCUGACGGGUGGCCCCCAGAAGCCUGUCCAUGAGGAAAUGUGGCCCUCAGCCUGAAAUUUAUUUAUUUGGUUUUUUAAAAUUAAAUUUUGAUAGCUUCCCCACCCCUGUGGUAACUGAACCAAAAGGGUUUCUUUCCCCUCUGUUCCUUAUUUAUUCCUUAUAAUAUUGCUAGGUUGCCUCUCUUGCAAGUCAUCUGACAGUACAUAACAUAACUGUUUAUAAAAUCGAGCAACUAUUUUAAACACCACAAACUGACAGCAGUUAAGAGCUUAUUAUAGCUCUCGGCCGAAAGAUUUAAAAAUACAUUUCCACAGCAUCAACCUGAAAUCAUCAAGGAAACGCAUGUUGGAAUGAGUAAGUUUUUUUUUUACAAGAAGAAAAAGCUCCUUUAGAAACCUGAAUAGAAAGGGCUGGUCAGGUAUAAACAGGUGAAGAGUUUCAUAAAUUUGUGGCCAGCAAUAGGAAAGUCCUCUCCCUUGCGUCCUGCAACUUGAUUGACCUUCCUUGCAGGAAUUUUUAUUUGCAAUCAAAUUUUAUGCACACAGACACCGGAGAAUUAAAACAGUUAACAAUUAUCAUAGGGACAGAACUGGGAUUAAGGUUGUUUUUAAAGGAAUCUAUGAAUAUGGUCCUUUUACAAUAAAGCUAUCAACAAGGGCUCUUGCAAGGAGCCCUUGAUUAAAAUCUGCAUAUUCAUCCUAAAUCACACAUUUAUCAGAAAUGUCAGCCUGUGGAUCACAACCUGCGACUCUCCAGAUGUUUUAGACAACAAAGUCUGAAAAGGGGGGUUGCAGGCAGUGUUGAGAUUGGAGGUACCAACCGGCCAAUCGCCAAGGCUUGCCUAGCUGUGUUGGUGACGCUUUGCAAACCCCAGCAAUCACAGCCUUUGUUUGCACAGCUUGGUUUCAGACCAUGUGGGUAAAAAGAGGUCAUCUGACAUCAUUAUUAUAUCAGGUGAUUGACAGAUGGGCAGCCCCACCCACCCAUAAAACUUGUCCUAUGCGGAGUGAGGGAGAUAAGGAAUUUGCUCACCAGCCAGAUCUUCCCCACCCUCCCCAGGCCCAUGUCUGAUACCAAGCCAUUGGCGUUGAUGGCAUCUUACAGAGCCUGAGAGGUGGGAACGAACUUUUGUUCUAAAAUAGGCAAGGGGGAAGCUGACAAGUGCAGAGAGAAGGGAGGCUGGCCUAUGGAUGAACGCAGUGGCAAGUACUGAAAACCUGAUGGUGGUUGGGAAUGAGGACAAAGGGGAUGGUCAUAGAAUCAUAGAGCUCGAAGGGACCCUGAGGGUCAUCUAGUCCAACUCCUUGCAAUGCAGGAAUACUGUCCACAGCCAUCCUUGGUCGGGCGCAAACCACCAACCUUCUGGUUAAUAGCCAGACACACUGACCCAUUGCGCCACAGUCAGGAUGGCCAAAGGCCAAGAUGGAAAUUAAGUAUUUUGAGGAGGCAUUCAAAGAGAGGAAGGGAGGGAGGGAGUCUACUUCUUGGUUGCUGUCUUGGUUGGUGAUAUCAAACACCAUUUGUGAUGGAUAGCUCUACCCUGGUCCAUUCUCUGGUGGCUGCCACUCAAACUCACGUGCAUGGCCUGGUGUAGGCCUUUCAGAACCUGAUGAUUUCAGACUACAACUCCCAUCAGCCACAGCCAGCCUGGGUGCUGUAGUCCAAAACAGCUGGAGGAUGACAGGUCAGGGAAGGCUGGCUUGGUGGGUCUACAGCCCACGGUCAGUUCCUUUGAGGUUUGUGGGCUUCCCUUGCAUCACAGCCAUUUGUAUCUUGCUGAAAAUGUGUUGCUUCGAUUGUGUACUGUGCAGGAGUGCACAACAUGGUGGCCCGCAGUUUGAGACUCAACGCCUCGCCUACAACAGCCUGUUACUAAUGCUCGCUUGUCUUUCUUUCCUCCCCUCCCUCCUCUCUCUCCUUUUCCGUAUUGCUUCGUGGAUUUUCUUGGGUAAUGUAGAAGAAAAUUAUGAUUAUAAUUUGUUGUGUGGUUCUUGGUAUAGUACUGGCCUCCUCCAUUGGGGGCACGCUUGGGUUGUAAAUUAAAGCAAAAAUAAUAAUAAUAAUAUUAUAAUAAUAAUUUAAAAAUUGUACAUGCAGUGGAUAUAACAGCACAUGUUCCAGCUACCUAUAGAUAAAAACAACUUUAUCGGGUCAGCAAAUCUAAGUUUGUUGUUCAGCAUCAUCUUUCUCAUCCAUUUUUACUCAUUUGCUGGACACCAGGGUUCUGCCCAGAAUUUCCAGAGAUUCUGGGCCUCAACCGGGUGUCUCGUAACCGCACCUCCUCUCCCCCUCCCCUCCACCAUGGUCCAAAACGUGUAAUUCCUGCCCACCCCGGCGAUUUCCCCCUUCAUAUCAAUGGUUAACCCUGAGGGAAGAAAUGGUUCGUGGAGCUCUUUUCCCGUCUCAGCGUGGGAAAGGACCUGGCCACGAAUCGGGCAGUCAUCUCUAAACGGGCCGUUGUUUAAAGUGCUAGGACAGGAGAGAUACCUGAAAGGGAGAGGGGGGGGAAUAGGCGGAAGCAUUCAUGCUGGAGUACUAGGCACUAGCGAGGGCCGCGAUCUAGCGCACAGCUGUUUGGAACAUACUCUGUUGCACGCAGGGCUAGGGUCCGUGUUCAGGUUCCCCCUCAUUGCCUGUAGAAAGGGAAUGGUGAACGGUACACCUCGCGCAACUGACAGACACUCCCUUUUCAUAGCUGGCAAUGGGUAACCUUGGGGAAAACAGGCGUUUCCAAGAGUAGCAUUCGUUGCAAGUACAGUCGUGCCUUGGUUCUCAAACGCCUUGGUACUCAGACGUCUUGGCUCCCGAAUGCUGCAAACCCGGAAGUGAGUUUUCCAGUUUGCAAAUGCUUUUCGGAAGCCGAACGUCCGUCGUGGCUUCCGCAGCUUCCAAUUGGCUGCUGAAGCUCCUGCAGCCAAUCAGAAGCCGCACCUUGGUUUUUGAACCGUUUCGACUCCCGGAAUGGAUUAAGUUCGACUGUAUUCCAAAACACACAGAUACACACACAAACAACAACAACCCUGAAGUUUUCAUUCUUAGGUACCUGGAAAAAUUGAGUCAAUUCUCAGGGCACAAUCUGUUCAUCUGCUGCAUCUUCUUCCUUGUCCGUCUUCCCCACCUCGUGUGUGGCUCCACAGGCAGAACUUUCCUGCCACAGGCCCCAACCCCAUCCCUUGCCGCUGUCAGAAAGUUGCCUACGCCUGGCAGCACGUGUAAGAGACUAACCGGAUCAGCCCCUCAGAUUUCAAGGAUUAUCAUGGCGCUCCAGGACACUUGGGUAGCAGCAAAUCGAAUCGCUGCGUCCAAAAGUUCCUGCUGCUCUAGCUUCCAAAGACACUCCGUGUGGACUACGGCCACGUUAAAUUGGUGUGUUGAUAACGACCACCUUUUUAAAAGAUUGCCAUAUCAGCGGGGAGCAAGCAACGUGUCAAAGCUCACAUAUCAGCACAGUAUUAUCAAGCAAUAUUUGCAGCAGCCAGGAAUCUGCUUUAGGGGCGCUAGGAAAGGGAAUGCUCCCACGUCGAGCCGUCAGGAAGGCUGCGGCAUUUGCUCCUCUCUUACCUCAAAACUUGUGAUGUGAAUGUACCCAAGACUAGAAAACAGAGACUGUGGCGUCCAGUCGCCCUGUUUCAACAUGCGCCAGAAAAUAGAAUUCUGAACUACUGCUAGCUCAUGGCUGUGACCAGCCACUCUGCCAUUCUCCCAGCCUUUGCACAUAGGACUGGAUUCUUAAUUCAGUUCAUUUGUAUCUGGCAAUAAAAGAAAACCAGAGCAAACGACGCUCUUCUGGGCUUCAAAUUAGGACCACAACUAGAGGUGACGUUAGUCGUACACUUUGUCCUGGUGUGCAUGAUGUUUUGAAAAAUCAUAAAGAGCUAUUAGUAGGAAGGGGGGUGUCGGAGGAUGACCAGGGCUGUGGAGAAGGAGCUUUAACCAUUUGCUGCUGCCACCGUCUCCACUGGAAUCAGGUGCCUUGAGGGCCUGCUCUCUGCAGUAGGACGAAAGCCCAGUGAUCAGUGGUGCUUCCCUCCCAUUGCAAACAUGUGGGGAGCGGGGCAGUUUCACUCAAAACCAUUGCCAUAGUCCUUAUCUGGCCCAGUGAGUAUUUAUGUUUAUUUUCAAAUAUCAUCCACGCCACGGCUCACCACAUGACUAAUGUCGCAUCUGCCUUGGCCCUUCGUGGGCCAAAAAUGCCACCUUCGGGGCUGCAGUGCUUGUUUAGAAAUGUCCCACAAAAUGCAGAGUGUACCAUGUCAGACUGCAGGGGAGUUCUCACAUUUUGAAUUCUUCUUCAUUAAACCCCCCCCCCCAAAAAAAACUUUCCCUGCCAAUGGAAAACUAGUUUAUAGGUUUCAGCUUAACCUCAUCUCCUCCUGGGUGUGCUCGUUUUCUAUUUUCAGAGAGAUUCUGACAGGAGGAGAACCUUCUAGAACGUAGCCCCCUCACUUGCAUGCUGACAUGGAUGGUAUGGCUCCAGGGGGCCUUGCUGGAUGUGGUGUUUUUGAACAUGCAGUUCAGCUCUGAGCGAUUUCGAAUCAGAAACAGAGACGCCUGUCUUAGUAAUCCACUGCCAGAAAUCAGCCGUUAACGAAAGGGACACGGGCAACAGUAGAAGGCUUGUUCAUUUUUCUAAUAACAUUCCAGUUUUCCAGACUUGAUGGAGAAGGACUGUCAGGGUUUCUUCCCUGCAGUUCAACGUGGAACUAAAAUAAAAUAAAAUAGUAAGGUUGUUGCUACCAUCAGUAGCAAAAUAGAAGAAAAUAGCCUCAACUAUACUAAAGUUGUCAGCUGAUGCUACAGUAGUGUAGACUUACUUAUAUGGCAAUUGGUUCCCUGGAAGGGUGAUCCCAAAUGCAUCAACUAGAACAGGCUUAAUUCACACAGCAGGCAUUUGAUAGCAUUACAUGCAAUAUCAUUUGUCCCAUACCUUCCAACACCUUGAAGGCAAAAACAAGGACACCAUCUUCCCAUAUUUUUUCGUGAGAGAACGGCCACCAUUUUGGGCGUCGUGAUCUCGCGCCACGAUUCCCCUCCCCUGCCCUGUGCUUUCUUUGGGCAUGGUGGCCCAAACCUUGCAUUUUGGGUUGCCGCUGAGAUCGUGCUUUUUUUUCAGGGGGAAAUCAUGGCACAAAAUUGUGAGAGACCAUGGCACCCAAAAUGGCUGCCAUUCUCUCACGAGAAAAAGAAUGGGAUGCCUCGGUUUUUCUGGGACAUUUGUGGGGUGUGUUGUUCCCCCGCCUAUAGUGGCUCUUAAGGGCAGUCUCUACAUUUCAGCAGAAUCAGGAGGGAAAGCUUUCAUUGGACCACUUCAGAUUAGAGAUAGGGGGUUGUGUGUUAACAAACCCUUCUUCUCAAAUCCGGAAUCCUCGUAAAGAGUCAGCCUAGCUGUCUCCCUGAAACAUGCUUGUUUUCUCUUUGGCAAGAAGUUUUGGAGUGCUGAAAACUCCACCCACAGCCCAGCUUGGCACACAAAGUGCUUUACCACGUGGUUCUGCUGAAUGUGUGAAGUGGCUCUUGCUUUCAGGUACAUGUACUUGGAAUCACAGCCUUAGGAUCUGGGUUGUUGGUUUUUUUACUUGUUUUGAUUCCUCUGCCCUGUUCCCCCAGCCGCAUUGCCUUGACCCAGUGAUCAUCUUUUGUGACCUUCCAUUAUCUACACUGAGCAGCUAGGCUGCUGUGGGAUCUCGCUGGCUGCCAUAAACGAGAGGCGAUCCCUCGCUCUGCCUUCUGUGCAUGAAGACCAGCGCGAAACCCUACCGCAGGCUAGGAAGACGGAAGUCCUGGGAGGAUCUUCAGGUCAAUUUCUGCAUGCACAAAGCGUCGCUCAUGCGGAAAGAGACCCAAAGCCCAAACCCACCUGAAUGCAAAAGCAAAGGCAUAUCCAUAUCAUAACUCCAUGCACAGAACUAAUUAUGCACAGUGUAUAGCUUAGCUGUCGGUUUUAUCAGUGCCUAUGAAAUAAGAAGCAGUGCUAAGGUACUGAUUGCCAUGAAAGCAUACUCUGGCCAUGCUACAGUCGCAUUACCCAGCUCUUAAAAACUGGCAAAGUAUUAUUAUCCCAUUGGCCUAUUUGUGUUAAAAUGCACACCCCUGAGUAACAGUACUCCAUCGCUAGAGUAUCCUAAUGAUGCGGUAUCCUUAGCAGAAUGCAACAACAGCACCUGAUGCGAUUAGAAGAAGCCACACUCUGACCCUUGCCAAAUGUGCUGCAGUAUUUAAGAACCCACUUACCAAAGUUGCUGCAGUAUUCCGGAGUAAGGUAAUACUGUGCCCCUGUGUCGAGUUUAGUGAAAUAGCUUUCUGCCUUUCUGAGAAAAUAAAACGAGCAAUGCAAACUGCGCCAGCAACCUUAGCACCCAAACUAUGCAUCCUUUUCAGGAGUGCUCGGUUGACGUUUGCUCCUUUAAAUGGCAUCUCUAUUUAAAAGAAGAAGAGCGAGAAAAAGCACACCCAAUGAUUAGAUUUUGUAGUAGAACAUUAGCUGCUUCUUGGUAGGCUUUUGUAGAUCUGGAAUUACCUGGAGUGAGUACCAACAAUCCAAUUAUAAUAAUAUGAGUAGAUUGUGUUGUGGAAUUACCAUUCUGGGGGGGAAAUAGUAUUAUUAUUUUUUAAAAAAAGAAUAGCAUGAAAAUUAUUUUCUCCAGAAUGUAACAUUUCUCUAGGAACAUGUAGGUCAGUGUUUUUCAAAAUUCGGGAGCAUUCUUACGUCUGAGAUGUUUGAGAGCGUGUAAGAAGUGUCCCCCACCCCAACCCGGUGUUUUUGCAUAAAUCCCUGUUCUGGGCUUGCCUACUUUGAGGGGAAGCCAGUUUACUAAGUCUUGUCUUGACCGUCAUCCAGUCCCUCCCAAUGCAGAGACUCAGCAGAAAUGCCCCAUUCCUGGUUGAUUUGACAAAGCCUGAGUAGCGAGAACACAGAGAUGCAUUGGGCAGCCUCCUUUUCGGCUGGGUCAUUUGGGCCAACAAAAGGGAACUUCUUUCUUUCUUGUGCUCCUGUUCUCAGUUCUCAGAAUUCCUCAACACACCAGUUAUCAAAGAUGGCAAGGUCCAUACGAACCUGUUCUUCGCUGAAAGCGUCUUCCGUUUCCCAUGGCUGCCGUGUAAAGUGAAGUGGGCUCUACAUUUGAUGGUCUUCCUAGAUUGUGAGGGACAGAGGUCAGGGAAGCACAAAGACCCCCACCACCAACCUUUCAUGGGCUACCCCUGCCAUCGAUCUCCUCACGACUUUUUCACUUCCUGUCGAUGCGCUAGCAGUGACAGCUAGGUGUGUGCACCUUUUCGAAUGUCCCAAGCAUUUCCUCCUGCUUACCUGAGCCUGCUAAUCUGGACUGGGAGGCAGAUACGGGGCAGCCCCCAAAGUUCCAGCCGUGGAUGCCUCAGGCUUCAAAACACAUUGAAUGUGGAAAAUUUGAGGAGUCGCCCACAUGGGAAUAAGUAGCCAGAAGCGGUGAUGGAAAUUAUCCAACCCUCUUGGCUGCGGAAGGUGACCUUUAGCGUGGAAUGACUCCAGACUGGUUAGAGGAAAUAAUGCAAUUCUAGAGGGAGGAUGCCCAAUCGUUCCGUAAUGCUCAGGAUCCUAUCCAGUUAGGCCCCGCCCAGUUCCACCUGCAAUUCUGUUCCCCAGGGUUCACUCUCUUAAACAAAAGAGUCCUCCAUACAACUUUCCCAUUGGGGUGGGUAACGGUGAUUUCCCCCCACCUCCAAACUCUCAUUUCCCUUACCCAUUCACGCAUCUGCUAUUUCUUCCGUCACCUUUGAUUCUGAUUUUAUAAAGUGUGUGUGUGUGUGUGUGUGUGUGUGUGAAUACAUAUCUGUAUGUAGAUAUGUUCAGCGUUUGUUCAGCGUGGAGGUGAUGGGGAUAUAGGUAAACAUAUAUAAACACACGCUUGUUGUAUACUUCAAGCAGUAUGUGAUGUGUGUUUGCAUAUGUGUGGGUGUGCCUGUGUGUUAUACUCUGUACGUUUCUGGUUUUCCGCAUGUGAUCACUGGCAGUCCUUUGCCUUGCUUACUCCAGAAGGAGGAGAUCCUUAAACUUCAGCGGGGAUUUGGGCAAAGGUUGCUCCAGAGUAAGGGGGUUUGAGAUCUAGGUAUAAGUAUCCUCAUAUAUGUGGCAUCCUUGCUGUCAGACUUUAUAGGAAGAUUCUAUGGGCAACUUUUCUUUCUUUCUUUUAAAGCACCACCAAAUUUGUGUCAGAUCAGGGGGUUCACACGAUCACUCAGUCUGGAUUAGUUCACACCAUUAAUGGAGAAUUAACAAACAAUGAAUGCAGUUAUAUAAGAGCAAAUAAUGAUCUUUCAAAUACUGCUUAAUAGGGUAGCGAUUCUAAACUUUAUUUGCAAAUGAAACCUGCAUUACAAAUACAAUGCACAGACUUACAAGAGGAAACUGGGGGAACCCAUCACCUUUUUAUGUUAUUUUAACCACCCUGAUUAUGUGAAUCAAAGGGUAGCUAGAAAAUGCAAACAUUGAUCUAACCAUGCACUGGAAGUUCACUGAUCCUUUAGUAAUUCGGCUUACAUUUAAACGAGAAUCAACCCAAUUCAUGCUUCCCAAAACAAUUUGAAAUUUGCCCUUUGAAAUUUGCCCUUUGAAAUUUGCCCUUCUCCGAAUUUUGUAAUGAAGCUCUCCAACUCUUCAUGAAGCCUUCUCCCCCCCCCCCCAUUGCAAACUGAAAUAUGGAGAACUGAACUUAAAGACUGGUGAAAAUGAGAAAUGUAGAGGAACUGAAAUUGACGGGUUUGCCCAUCCUUAGCUUCAGCAACAACGGAGAAGCGGACCCCCAUCACCGUAUUUUAAAAUGCCGCUAUUAGUUAUUCUGUUUAGAGCUGAGCUACGCAGUCAGCAGAUCUGUGUGACUUAUCUCCUGGUGCUGAACCCACAUGACUUCAGACAGCAGGCAGAGGACCAGGCGCUUGAGCCCUUCUGCAUACUGUACUUUAUAAAUCCCGUCCAUUUCGCCGGCAUAUGUUUGUUCUGCGUAGGGAGGGAAGUUAUAUUGUACUUGAGCAAGCAUUCAAACAGCCCACCCUCCACCCGCAGCUCGAAGCAGUGCAUUAGGUCUGCUGAUCGCGAAGCUUGACUCUUAAGAGAAAUCACCCGGGGUUAACACAAUCCUCACAUUCGCAGGAUGCUUACGAGACCUUGCGGGGACGUAACUGGAGUACAGAGUGUGGCAAAUGUCUGUUACGUGUUGUUGGCAUGACAAAGUAUGCUUAACAUGCAUACGUGACACUGUUGAUGCCUGUGUCCAGCUUUUAAUGUGCCUAAAUACUAUGCGCUAUAACUAUUUAUUUGUGUGUGUGCGUGCGUGUGUAUGCGAUUGGUUCUCAAAGUGCUAGGUGGGUCUACCAAGGAAAGGGCAAACAGUUGCUGGGGAGAUGAAACCCUUUCUGUGAUUCCCCUCGAUUGGGCCAGGAGGCUGGAGGGAGGCCCACCACCUCUCCCCUCCCCUCUCUGCCCUCAACAAAACCACAGGUCACAUGCCCUGUCCCUUGGGUUGGCUGCCAAUACUGAGGAUUAACACUGCCUUCAAAACUCAUCUCGGCUAUACAUUUCUCCGAGGGCAAUUGGAAACUUUGUCUUUUCCUUGGCUUCUUUUGGGAGAAGUUCCAUUGCUGUAGCUCGCUGGCAAUUUGAGAACCAUUUAUCUGUAUUAUAUCGUGGAGAGCUAGAGAUAACAUUUAUGUAUAUACUGGUAUAGGCCACGUUUUUGCUAUGCAAUGGGUUUCUAAUGUGUGCAUUUAGAGGCAAUCUGUUUACCCCCCACCGCUCCCCACCCCCAUAUCGCUGAGCAGGCAAGAAAGCCCAGUAGGAAACUGGCUGCCAUGAUCCUAACUCCAAAGUGGCUCAGGGUCUGAAUUGUGUUGGGAUAUCUAAAAGCCAUUGCAAAUUCAGCCGCUAAGCUAUAUCAGUAUAUUAAUGUGUGUGUCACAAGCGUGCAAAUCGAACAAAUACGUCUGACUUACCGGUGUGGGUGUGCUGCUCAUCUUUUUGUGUGUCUGUAUAUAUAAACACACACACACACACACACGAAAACACACAAACACACUCCAACACAGUUCAACUCAAACACACACACACACAUUAAAAAUGUGAACGGAACUGUAAUUACCCUCAAGCAAGCCCAAAAAGUUUCCAUUCAAUAUCUGGGGUUCAUCUAUUAGAGAAAUUACGGUAGGCGGGACUGGCCCAAAUUAAGUGUGCAGUGCAUGGUGGGAGAUGUAGUCCACACAUGGUUUGCCCUGAAAAGCUGCUUAUACUUGUGUGAACUGCAUUUUUCUUGUUCUGUUGGGAGGUUGGAUUUAUUUGCUCUUUGAGGGUGAGAAUGCCUUGGUCUCUUCAAAGAAUCAUCCUUUACAUUCAGGGUUAAUCUAUCCAUUUGCCAUGGGGUGCUUUUAUUUCAUUGUUUAAAUGCGUUUAAAGGAGACCUUUGUUUGGGGGUAAAUGCAGUGUAAACUCCAGAGUAUAUUUGUACAGUACUGUGUUUUCUCUGUGUAAAUACAUACAUACAUUCCUUAUUUUCUCUUUAUAAAGCCUUCAUCAUGUCAUCUCUGCAUAAAAAGAGAUCAAAAUCCAGAAAAAAAGAACAAAGAAAACUUAGAUUUUUUGAUCUUUUUUACAAAAAAAUUCCAAUAUAACACACAAACCAACAAAAAACUGUUUGGAAAAAAAAGAUACGACGACGCAAAGAUAAAAAGACAAACCCUACGAACGUGUCGAAAACCCCUUGACUUUCCAUUUUGGGUAUUGAUCUGUGUAUUGUUUCAAUGUAGGCGGUUUAUUGUAGUCUGUGGCGUAUUUGCUAAGAAACAACAACUUUUAAAAAAACUUCCUUUUUUCCAAGAAAAUAUCAUUCUUUAUUUCCCAUUGACAUAUCCUUCUUUUCCCUGACUCUUUUAUUCCCCUCUGCUUUCUUCGCUGAACUUCUGUGGUAUUAAAAAAUAAAAAUAAAAAACCACCAACCCACAAAAGAGGGGGACAAACUCUCGGCAUACCUUCUUUCCCCUCAUUUCACCAAUCAACUCAUUUUACAAACAGAAAAAAAAUAAGAGAGAGAAAAGAAAACUAUUUCCCUCUUUGCCCCAUAAAAACCAUGCCGUUACUGAGCGUCCUUUUAAGGGACAAAUGUUUUGUCAUCUCUCUUUCCUGUUCCUUGUUUCUUUGUUUUUCAUUUGAUUUUGGAUUGAGGGAGUUCAUCUGAUUGGCGGUCAGCUAAUAGUCCUCUCGGAGAUCCACGCAUGGUGUGGUGCAGGGAUGAAUCUCUUCCAUAAAUGGGGCUCCCUGUUCGUUGCAGCGCAGGAGACCUCUUCCACGUUUUGCAAAGGAAUCUAUGCGCAGAGAACACUCGCAAAAGCUCCUUACCCGUCAGAGUUUCCACAUCUGGAGAAAUAAAAACAAAUGUUAAAAGGAGAUUGGCUCUCCCCCACCCUGCCACUUCUAGAGACAGGCCUGGUGGGAUCUGUUAACCUUGGGCCUCCCCCUUUUUAAUUAUUUCUUAUUUAUUUAUUUACAGUGGACACUCGGGUUGCAAAUGUGAUCUGUGCGGGAUGAAUGUUCGCAACCGCGGCGGUGCAUCUGCACACACGUGGGUUGCGAUUCAGCGCUUCUGAGCAUGUGCAAAGCGCAAUGUAGCACUUCUGCGCAUGCGCGACCUCCGAAACCCGGAAGUAACCCGUUCUGGUACUUCCGGGUUUCAGAGCGUCCGUAACCCGAAAAAAACGCAACCUGAAGCGUCUGUAACCCGAGGUAUGACUGUAUUGCAUUUCUAUCCCACCUUUUUUCUGCAAGGAGCUCGAGUUGCCCUACAUGGUUCUCCCUCUCAUCAUUGAAUCCCCACAACAACCCUGUGAGGUAGGUCAGGCUGAGAGGCAGCAACUAGCCCAAGGCCGUUGUGACUUUGAUAAUGCGGCCUAGACUCCACGGUUCCCCAUAGCAGCCAGAUAGUUUGACACCAGAGUCCUCCCCCCGCAAAUAAAGCCCUCCAAAUAAACCACAUGAGGUAUCUUUCAAAAGGAACUAACAGUAUUGGCGUCUUAGAAUCAUAGUUUUGUGGCGAUGGAAGGAACGCCAGGGGUCAUCUAGUCCAACCCCUGUUUAAUCACAGUUUAAAUAAUCCCUGACAGAUGGACCAUCCAACUUACAUUUAUAAACCUCCGGUGAAGGAGAGUCUACCCCCCUCUGAGGUUUCCUUAUGAAAACAUCGCCAGCUUAAAAGCUACACGUCAGCUCCUCUCGUUCGUUUUUGAAGAUAAGCCUGCAUUUUCUCAACAAAUGAGCUUAUUUGUCUUUUCCCUUUGCAAUGAGUUCUCUGACAUGCAUCUUCCUAUUUCCUAUUUCCAAAACAUCGCAACCCCCAUAUCUAGUGCCUUUAGGCUUGUUCACAAAUUAAUACAAUACUGAAUGCAGGUAGAGACAACCCGGGACUAGAAUUUUGCCAACCCAAAGACCAUCAUUCCAAGUCAAGGACUGUCUCCAAAUACCAUAGAAAUACAUGUAUCCCAGCAGGCUUUUGAUUCGGGGAGCGAGGGGCUGGGAGGCAACUUGCUGGUGGUUUGUUAAAAGGAAUAUAAUCCCCAGUUGGAAACUCGUCAGAUUUGUUGGCGCUUUUGCCAGUGAGUGAGAAAAUAUCCAUUCCUGCUUCCUUUACGAUUUUUAUCCUGCUGAAAGAGCUUCCUCGGUCCAAAAGAAAAGGGGGGAAUAUUUAUUUAUUUUUCUACAAAAGAAAUAUAUAUAUAUCUAUAUAUAUCUCCAUCUUUCUAUUUAAAAUAUAAUUUCCCCCGCCUCCCCCCGCCUCCUCCUCUCAUGUGGUGCUUUCAAGGAGUCAGAAGGGCUCGCCAGCCCCUGAUCACCCAAAGAUUUACACAGUUGCUUAACUUGAAGUGGGAAACCCAGCUCUGUCAACCUUCGGGGCCCUUUGCAAAAGCCCUUAGCAAAACUCGGCUCUGUUUAAGAACAAGUGUUUGAGGGUGCCGUCCCCUGGGAGGCUGUCACAGCCAUGCCCCACCGAAGUGAGCAAAGGUUGUGCAAGGCGAUGCGCUCUUGCGCAGCCCCCAUUCAUUUCGGCAGGACACAGGUCAGACAGCCUCGCAGUGGCUUCCACCCCAAUUUCAUGGUCCCCCAGUCAUCACAAACAGCGCUUGCAGCUUCCAUCGCUCCCUGUGGAGCGUUUCCUGGUGAAAAUGGAAGGAGACCUUAAUGCAAAUUGGGGUGUUUCCUUUUCGUCCUGUGCAGGGGGAGGAGUCACCUCCCUUCCCCACUUUCCUGGCAAUGGCAACGAUGUGAAAAUGUCAUCUUAGAAUUAUUGGCCCAUAGACCCGAUUCCCUCCUGGUCCUGUGGGUAGCUGAUUGUCUCCUCUUAAUUCAACCAGUCUGCUGGGGACGCAGUUAGGCUAUCCCAUUUUCUGGAUUUUUAGCUUGCCCUUCUCUUCUGCUUGCAAGAUUUUUCUCAUCUUUUGCUUUAGACACUUCUGUGCUGUGACCUUAAGCUGGUUUCAAACCAGUCUAACCGCUAUGCCUUCCAUGCAAAGAACUGUAGUUUGGGGAAUUCUAGUUUGAUGGUGUUGCUGAACUGCAACUCCCAUUGGCUACAGCAGGCAUGGCCGGGGCAUUGUUGGAAGUUGUGCAUCAGCAACACGCAGAGGACGUCUGCCUUACAGUUCCCAAGAUUCCUUAGUAGUCAAGGCAUGGCAGUUAAGCUAGCAUGAAACUCGCGGUUGAUACCUUCCCCUUGAACAGUCUUCGCUAACCUGGUGCCUUCCAUAUGUUUUGGACUACAGCACACAUGAUGAAAAUACUGGCUGGUCCAAGCCAUCUAGAAGUCACUACGUUGCCGAAAGCUGCCUUACGAUGCGCAUCUGAGAGUGACCAGCAGAAUUCACCCAUCUUCAUAUUAUCAUUUUUUAAUGAUGUUAUUUCAUUUUGUUUCGCAAUUGCUGGCCAAUAAAAAUAAAGGUGAAAAUGCUUUCAAGCAGGGUUGAAAGGAAGCAUUUCUCCUCCUCCUUCCCCCCCCCCCAACGAGGGAAUGACACAUGUGCCCACUGCUCAAAAAAAAAAAAUAAUAAAUUGAGAGGUGAAAUAAUCCUGGGGGUUUUAGAGGUGGGAGUCACUGACUCCAGGCGACAUGCAGGCAGGCAGGUGUGAGAGCAGAGCAUGGCUCCAUGUCUGUCUCAGGGCUCAUGCACCCACAGCCAACCCUGGCAUGCUGUGGAAUGAGAGAUCGACAAGGAAAGAAAGCAAGGUUAGGUUGCCGUGUGAAUCUUGGCUAGAUUCAGGGCCCAAAUUGGUUCAAAGGACUCAUCUCCCCAUCUCACCUCCUAGCUUCCUCCUCCUCCUCCUCUUUUUCAAGAAUAUUUUUUCUCCACUCUAUAGUUCCUUCCCCGCCUCCGUGUGUAAAUACCAGCUGCUGUGCGUGACGGGUGCCCUUACCUUCCUCCUCCUCCUCUCUCUCACCCCCGUUUUUUCGUGGAAAAAGUUGCGUUUGUUUUGUUCUGAAUGCGCUUUAACUGGCUGACUUCGGAGGGUUUGAGUGUUUUUUAUUCUGGGGAAGUUUCUUUCCAGAUUUCUUUCCGAAUUUGUUCGUGUGGCUCUAUGACUACUUCGUCUUUUUUUCCUUUUCCAAAAAAAAGACAACAACAAACAGUCCUUUUCAUUUUUAAGAAGAGAUAAUGAUUUGAUUUCGUCUUUUUUGUUUUUUUGUUUUUGUUUUUUUUCAAUGUCUGUCCGAAUGUGCUUAGUUAAAGCCAGUGACUAAAUGCUAAACCUUUCCAAAUGCUCGACGGCUUUGCACGCUCUCGCCAACGGAAGUUGGUCUAAUAAAAAGGUAUCACCUUUUGCCUGCCUUGUGUCUCUCUGUGUGUCUUAAACAAUCCACCUCUUUCUCUCUCCCUCUAUCUCUCUCCUUGUUCCAAGGUUUUAAUUCUGUGCAGAUCGGACUUGGGUUUUGCCAGGAAAGCUGAUGGCCACUCAAGUUGGAGGUCACGUGACUUUCAAGGGAAGUUGAGCACACCUCUCAAAACAUGUGACCGGCAAAGGUGAAGCCCUCAUAGUGAAUCCAGUUUAAUACAUGGCAUAUCAAUGAGGAGUUUUGCCCACUGCUUCAUGGUUAAGAGGUUUUUUUGUCCAUCUAGCCCCCAUGUCAUUGACCCUGACCCACAGCAAGUUUUCUGUGAGACUUGGGCAGGGAAUGGUCUUUCUAGCACUUCCCCAUUACGGCCAGAAAAAACACUUUUUGGGGGAACGGUGCCCCUAAAAUACGUAUUUUGGCACGCUGUGCAACAUUAUAGACCCGGAAAAACACUUUGGGGUGUGCGUGUUGAGAUCUUGACCCGAAAUUGCAUGAGGACAAGGUGCCAAAAUUGUAGGGGGAAAUGAGAUGUCCCAGCUUUUCUGGGGCAGUUGAUGGGUAUGCAAGAAUAGGCUGGGUCCUGAAAACAUACAUUCCAGACGUUCAAAGGCCAGCGUACAGUGAGCUGUAUAGUCAAGAAGUCACACAUGCCUCUGCAGGGAAGGAAAGUCCACAACUUAGGGGCUUCCACAAAUAAUGGUCUCUUCAGGGACACCCUCCCUCUUACACUCCUGGAGGAGGCAAAACUAUCAAGAAGGGCCCCUGUGCCAUUCUUAACACCUGGAAGGGACUACUAGGGAAGGAGGCAGCCUUUCUGAUAUUUGGGAGUCAAGUCAUCGAGGACUUGAAACACAGAGAAGAGGCCAGGGAAGAACCAAGCCUUCAAAGUGCAAGGCAUGGCCUCUUGCACUGAGCUGCAAGUUACAUGCAAGAGCCCCUUGCCAGGCAGGCCUGUCAUAAGCCAGCAGGCCCUGGAAGCAGUUGACCGGGGUAUCACAAUGUAAGGGCUGCUGAACUGCUCUGGAAACCUUGAAGGGGCAAACGCAUAGGACACAGGCCAUUUUCUCAGUCGCAGCCCCUUGCUCCGUGGAGGAGGGGAAAUGAGGCUGCGAGGAGGAGACACAAUUCUUCUCCAUUCACAAAUAAAUAUUUGUGGUGGUAGCAAAAUCUGUUUUCACAUGGUGCCGUGAUAUAGCUAGAGCUGCUUCUCAUGCCAAAUAAUAUUUAAGAGGGGCAUCACAGGAUAUAAAAUAUGCAAAACAGCACUAAUUUGUUUAUUUAGAAAUUCAGUUUAGUCUUCACACGCCACUGUCCCCGGCUCAGAUUAUGCUGAUGCCUUCCUCCCCAAGCCUGGCUGAGAACAAUGCAAAUUGGGCAGACCCUCACCUCUUCAAAAGAAGCUCAUUUCUAGCAGAAAAGGGGGUUUGACAGCUGCCACCAGCCUCCUUCAUGGCACUGUCACCUAGGCAGCAGCAGUCUCUUUCCCAAACAAAACUCAAACUGAGACAUAUUCUCUCCCCCCCCCCCAUCUUACCGUCCUCCAAAGAGCCCAGGAAAGCAUGCGUGGUCUGUCUUUCUCGUUUUUUUAAUCCCCACACAAUCCUGUGAGGUAACUUAGGCAGAGAGAUCGUGAACUGGCCUACAGGGCUAUGUGGGGAUUUGAACGCAGGUCCUCUCUGAUUCUUCACCAGCACUCUAACUGCAAAAGAGGGUCAUGGGAUAAAGCGCCUUGCUGAAUUGGGUCAAGGUGGGCCGUCUCUCAGCGCUUCUCCACGAAAGCCAAGCUAUGCUUGGAGAAGCGUCCUGCCAGCCAGAGUGAACUGGAGGGGAAGAGAGAAUGAGAACCGGGAAGGGGAAACGGAGGGCAAAAGCUUGGGAGUCCUACAUGCGGCCGACUCUAAACAAUGGGGCAGAUGUGUGGUCCUGGUUUUCUGAUGCAGUGGAGAGAGUUAUAAUUCGAAAAGGUGUCUGGCUCCACUGUUGACCUUGGCUGGAAAGGAAUGGCUGCGUCCAUUCUCCUUUUGCAUGGGUGCCUAAGAAGAUCUGCUUUUGGCAAGCCCUCAUGUGCUCAAAAGCGGGAGGGUGACACUUGCUUGAAAUUUCAGAAGCCAGAAAAUUGGUAGGAGGGCUCAGGAAGCAGUUUCCCCAGUGGGCUGCUGCGGUGGAGCUUCUGUGCCUUGAAUACUUCCUUCCUGCUCCCAUGACGGCCACAAGUACAAUCCAUGUUAUGCAAGAUAGUGGAAAGGGCAGGAUAAAUUUAUUCAGAAAUCAGAGCAAUUAUGCAGAUCGGCGUCAGAAGCCAGGCUUGGACACUUCUGCAUCCUGGGAUAUCAAUGAUCUCGAUAGGGAGGGUGGAAGCAGACCCCAAAUUGAAGGAGAUGAAGCACGUCUGCCCUCAGGACUUUCUGGGCCUGGUAUACUGUAUUUUGGUCGGGCCCCCUGCCCCUUGCCCUAGUCGGACAGAAGCCUGCAUAAGAUUUGCAUGGAUGUCUUAUCUGCAUUUGCAAUGCAAUUUGUUUAAUGCUUCCAUACUCAGAAAACAGCUUUAAAAUGCCCCAGGGAGUCCUCCAUUGUGUGAAUGCAGAGGAAAAAACCUAGAGUGAUGCACGCAUCAAGGAAGACCCCAAGACGGCUUCAGAACUAACCAGAAAAUUGAUUCUUCGAUGCCUGGAGUUCUGGGGCCAUUUUAGAGUUUUCUGUUGGGCUCUACGUUCUUCUCUAGGACUCAUCAAUCACAGCUCUGAUUCCUCUCAUUGGCUAAAAGCACUGGAAGGCGGGAGCAGGCUCAUCUCUCGCAAAGCAAUAGCCAUGAUGGUGACGGCAAUUUCUGCUUCAUAACUUUUGUUCUAUGAGGACUAGAGACUUGCUUUCUUUUCUUGCCUGGGACAGGAGUACCCUCUGCAUCCCACCUCUCCCCUCAGCAACCCUGGGAGGAAAAUCUGCAGAAAGACACGGCUUCCCCUCUCUCCGCUGCUCUGAAAAAAUAUUUCCUCGCUAUCAUUCUCAGAUCCCAACAGCUGCUCUUUGGCUGAGGACUGGCUAG